AUGAAAUUCAGCAGCUCAUUCAGGACAGGCAGAGUUCUUCCAUUUUUUACUAUUAUUGCUGUCCUUGUUGUCCGGCCUUCACAAUCAUGGCUUGUUCACGAAGUAGAAAAAAACUCUGCUAACAGGUUAGCAACUUGCCUGUACAAGGUCUUCCAACAAAAUACAGGAUUUGAUAUGCUACACAAGCUGUAUAAAAAUUUUUCUUGUGUUGCUCGAGAUACCGACGGCCAGCAAUUGCUUCGCAAUAUAACUAAACACGCCGAGGCCCGAAUUAACAAUAGUCGAAGGUUUUUGCAGGGCCUGAGAGAAAGGAUGCAGCUACCUUCAGCAGAUUCUCUUCAAGGAAAUGUUACAGGCUGUUGUAGAGAGAAUUCGAAUGUUUUGCGUAUCCAGUUCAAUGAACGAGUUCGCUCUUUCGUCGAUUUAACGAAAGGCUGUUUCAUCAGAGAUUCGUCAGGUACCAGUCAGGAUAAUGUGGAAUUCAGCAGUGAGUUAUUGGGUUUUUAUGAGGGACAUUUCAACGAGUCGGAGACAGUGGCAUGGCAGUAUUACGGUUCUAUAGACGGAGAGUAUUUGCAGUAUCCUGCCAAUACCCGCUAUUGUGGGAGCAACAGUUUACAAUUCGACCCACGAUUUAAGUAAGUUCUUUAUAUUUUUGUGAAACCCUAAACUGUAGGUUGCGUUUCCUGAUCACAUAAGGUCCCUUCCAAGCGAAUCUGGGGCAUUCUGGGACAGUAUACUUAGUGAACUAGAAAAUCGUCCAGUUACAAUUGUUCACACAAAUUCGCAAAUAUAAUCCGUCGGUUAAAAACAAAACAGUCUGGAGGUUUGGGUGAGCAAAUUCACUGGUUUGGUGUGACGAGAGGCCGAUUGGUUUAAAACAUGUAUAUAUGUGGUAUCAAGAUAUCCUGAUUCGAGUGGACGGGGAUUGAAAUAAUACUCAGUUCGCUGUUUUUCCACCUAACCUAAUCAGAUCAAAGCAAUGUUAAAACUAUUAUUACUAGGGCCCCAUCAAUACGAAUCUGGACACGCUUAAAUCAAUUCGUAAAUAUCCGGUUUUCAUGAUCUAGACAGUUCGCAAGUCCGUCGGAUCCAAAAAAACCCAUGAAAAACGGACUCACUGGUUUCGAGUGGACAGAGGGCCGAUUCGUAUGAAAAAAUGUGCGGUUUUAAAAAUAUCCAGAUUCAUGCGGACGGGGUAUAACUGAUUAACUCGACACAGUAAAAACUAUAAAAUCAUAUUUGGGGCUAAAGACCAAUUCCUCGAGUUUCCGUUGGUUCAGUCGUAUUGUGCGUUGUUUUUUUAGUCGAAUAUGGGCUCAGAUCCUCCUAAAUGGCUGUAGCCAGCAUUUUUAAUCGAGUCUGUUUUGAUUAAUGAAACUUAGAUCGUGGUACGUGGAAACUGCUUCACCCGUUAAGAAGAAUUUAGUAAUAAUUAUUGAUCGCAGUGGUUCUAUGAGUGGGUUAAGGAUGAGGCUGGCUAAGGAAGCCGCAUUUACAGUACUGGACACAUUAUCACCAAAAGACAACGUAAGUAUUGUUCAUUUCCGAAAACAAGAAGAGUUUAUCAGGCCAGCUACUAGACUGAACAUUCCCAUCUCUAAGGCCCCACUUAUAUAGACAAAAGUUGUCCCUGAGAGAAGGGUCACCCGCCUACCCAAGCUACCUAAACUAUUUGGAAGCCCAGGACCCAAAUGCCCUGAGAUACAAGUGAAACUGCGUUUAAAGCCCCGGGGAAACGGACGCAUCAUUGUUGGCCAACAUCUUCCAACCUUGUGUGAUGUUACAUGUUCCGUCUGUUUGCACACCCUGUUGCAUGUUGUUGGGAAAUGUUGUCCCUGAGAGAAGGGUCACCUGCCUACCCAAGCUACCCUUUCGUAUAUUUCCUUACAAAACGAGACCUAAGCAACGCAAGUAAAUGGAAAUUUGAUGGAAUCCUGAUCGAACUAUUUGGAAGCCCAGGACCCGAAUGCCCUGAGAUACAAGUGAAACUGCGUUUAAAGCCCCGUGGAAACGGACUCAACAUUGUUGGCCAACAUCUUCCAACCUUGUUGGAUGUUACAUGUUCCGUCUGUUUGCACACCCUGUUGCAUGUUGUUGGGAAAUGUUGUCCCUGAGAGAAGGGUCACCCGCCUACCCAAGCUACCCUUUCGUAUAUUUCCUUACAAAAUGUGGCGAACUGUUUACAUGAGCAACAACAAAAAAUUGGCUCGCCUAGAAGGGUGACGGUCACCCUCCUACCUUUACCUACUUUUCUUCAUACAUAAACACUUUGGCUCGCCCAGCCGGUUGCGAGCGCUGUGUUAGACAAUCAGAGCAUGCACGAGUGCUUUCUCAUAUAAACGCUCGCUAAAGUUGACUCGGCUAGGAGGUCGACCCAUCUACCCGGGACGCCCCGGGACAGGUUUUCUCCAUAUAAACGAGACCUAAGCAACGCAAGUAAAUGGAAAUUUGAUGGAAUCCUGAUCGAACUAUUUGGAAGCCCAGGACCCAAAUGCCCUGAGAUACAAGUGAAACUGCGUUUAAAGCCCCGUGGAAACGGACGCAACAUUGUUGGCCAACAUCUUCCAACCUUGUUGGAUGUUACAUGUCCCGUCCGUUUGCACACCCUGUUGCAUGUUGUUGGGAAAUGCUGCACAAAGUUUGAACCUGUCAGACUUUUGAGCCAACACCUCCCAACAUUUCUUUUGUUCCAUGAUCGCCGAAGCGUAGCGCAGCAAUGUUGGAUCCGUUUGCACAGCUCAUCCUUAACAGCUCAUCCAAAAUUGUUGGUGCCACGCACGCGCAUUACACGUGGUCUCCAAAGUCUUAUGGGUUGUAUCUUUUCCAUAAUACACUGUAGUUCCCAGCAUUGGUGGAAGUUGUUGCAUCCGUUUGCGUCCGUUCGUAACUUAGUAACAGAAAAGCAGUGAAAAGUUCAGUUGAAGUAGAAUGGCUUGAAGUAGGAUGGCUUGGGUUUGCUCCGGUGUUAUUUUACUUUUCAAACUUAUUCCAGUACAUUCAUGAGCAUACAUUAUGCACUGAAAGAGGAGGAUUAGAAACAGGUUCUCUCUCACCUGUUUGAAGGCUACUGGCAUCUCAAGAUAGUGAAAUACUUCACAAAAAUCGGAAAAAGGACUAGGCAGGUACUAAUAAUUAACGCAAUAACGCCCAGUUUGUUUUGUCUUUAUAAAGGUUGGUCUUGUUGCCUUUUCCAGCUACACUGAAACCCCUUCUGGUUGUUUUGGCUCUAUAGUCGCAAAAGGAAUACCUGCUAAUUUGGAGAGACUGAGAGGGUGGCUUGAAAACAUCUACGCACUCGGUAGGACGUAUGCUUUGAUUCAUAUGCUAACUUUAAGUAGUGUUAGGCGAAGAUUCAGUGACGAUUUUUUUUACUUUUGUCAGUUAAACUUGAGGGAAUCCAAAUUUUAUACCUUUCACUUUCCAUCAGGAAACUAAUGACCCUAAAACACUUUUCAAGAAGAAUGUAGGAGCCUAGGGUCACGUGACCUAGUUCGCGCAAAGACAUCAGUCUUGCACGUACUGUAUUUUGUGGCAGUUCGUUCGAUUGUCAAAAGCGUCUUUCAUCUGCCUGUUUCUCUAGAAAUUGGUGGCAACGGUACGGAAACCAUGUCUGACAACUACGGAGAAAGAGCGACUGGUUGCUCUCAACAGAGGCCGGAAAAAUCUCUUCAUAAGUCCGGCGAGAAAAGCGCCACUGGUAGAAUUAAAACCAACAGGUCCACAUGAAGCCACGAAACCCGCUUCGUUCAACGAUCUGGUGAAGGCCAUGACUGAAGCCUUCAAACUGUCAGUGGCUAAACCGAGUACAAGUACAGCGAUCCAAUCGGCCGAAGCACCUCUCUAAAUCAACCGAAACCAUAUUCGCGCGGUAAAAAAUUUCAUGUUAUGGUUAUCGGAAUUCGAGGAAUACUUAAAGCUUGCUGACAUUACGGAACAGAAGACGGAAGCGUUUAUGAUUACUUGAUUACUCUGUUGGGGCAGCCGGCCUACAGAGCCCUUCAACUUCUUCGAAUCCCAGAGAGCACCUCAUAUCAAGGGUUCUUAGAACGCAUCACGACACGGUUUGACUCAGGAAAAUCAACCGGCGCUUGUAAGAUGCUAAUUCGUGCUCGUCAACAAAAGCAAAGCGUAUGCUGAAAAGCUGUUGGGACUGGCAGAAAACGCCUACUCUGAUGCCGCCUAUCGAUUCAAAGAAGAACUUGUGAAACACCGGUUCUUAAAGGAAGUUCCCGUUCGUUGUAGUGAUGGAUGCCGCGAACAGUUUUUCAUGAAGCAACCAGAUAGCUUCGCUGUCGCCGUUCGCCUGGUUCCACAGUUGGAAAGAGCUCGCUCUGCUUCACGCAAUUCGACACUGUCUAAACCAGCACGGCCGCAGUUGAACUAAGCCGAGAGUGAUGAAGAUUUUUCUGAUGUUGCAACUCAACGCUUGAAAGGUUGGAACAAAGGUACCCCACGCGGCCGCUAUUCUUCUCGGGGACUCACCGGAAUUUAAUGUUAUUGUUGACAAAAUUAGGGCCAUUACGCCCGGGAUUGCCCUAAUGCUUCGGGAAAAGGACAUAGGGCACUACCACGGGUCGAUCCUUCCCCUUAAAUCAUCCAAGGACCCAAAAUGUUUCAACGGGAGAAGCGUCCAGGAGAGAGAAUUUGUUUGUUUUGAGUGGACUUGGUGUUCGUAUUUCUGGACUGAUCAAUCAGGCUCGGAUUUCAGUUCUCCUAGAUACUGGCGCUACCUCUAACAUCCUCAAUGAAGAAACUUGGAAGAAAAGCGGAAAUAAUCGUUCAGCUAAGCUUCAUAAGAUGAAACUGACUCCCGACUUGGCUAAUGGUGAAGUUUCAGCAAUUCAGGGAUCGGAAGAUCAGUAAUAUCCUUACGCCUCGGAAAUUCUAAAUUUUAAGCUGAUGUUGAUUGUUCGUGACAUUCCUCACGCGCGCAUUCUUGGAUCAGAUUUCUUGGAACAAGAGACAUGUCGAAUUUUGAUAUGGGAACCUUUGUGGCUAAGAGGGAAGAGCUACCGAUCUUUUAUCAGAAGAAGGCACCGAGCGUUUACUGUAUCAUCCUUUCAGAACAAGUUGAGUUCCAACCAGGAACAGGGCUAGUUUUAUGCGGAAAGUUAGAACCUGGAUUGAUGGGACACCCGCAAUUUUGGAAGGGAUCGAGAAAGAAGCAAUGGAAAAGUUUGGUGCUAGAUUUUGUGUGGCACAAACAUUAACUAUUCCAAAGGAGGGUAACAUGACUGUUCACCAAGGAAAUUUCUCAGAGAAAUCCAUCACCCUAAAGCCUGGGAAAGGACAAUUUCUCGAUCCCAUUCAAGAAUCCUUGUGGAUUCAAGUGCUAGUGAGAACAAUACGUCUUUCGAGCUAAAUCAAAGUCAUCAAGGACCAAAGGCUUUCUUGGAUGAAUCUGUGUGGAAGAUAGGUAUCCGUGCUGACUACUCAGGCCUUUCGAUAGAGCAACAAACUUCAUUUGCUGAUUUACUAGAGGAAUACCAGGAUUACCGGAGAUGGUGAGCUGGGGCGAACCCAUUUGAUGGAACACACAAUUGACACUGGCUCCGCCGCACCCAUUAAACAAGCACCCCGUCGUUUACCACCGUGAAGGAUGAAGUUGACCGACAACUCUCUCAGCUCAUGAAAAAAGGGAACAGAACCACCCAAUACCCCCGGGGGCAGUCCCACUGUUCUGGCCAUGAAGUAUGAUACUUAGAUGCUAUACAAGAGAUUACAUUUUAACAUAACACAGUUACUGUAAGGGAUGCUCAACCUCUUCCGAGGGCGGACGAUAUUCUGAAAUCCUUAGGUGUUGGGGCAAAGUGGUUCAGCUGCCUGAGCCUGUCCUCAGGGUAUUUGCAUGUCCCCGUUGCCAAGAAAGACUUGCUCAAAACGGCAUUCGUCAAGCAUCGAGGUCAAUUCCAGUGGACCUGUUUACGAUUGGGCUAACCAAUGGGCCUGGAACGUUUAUGUGGCUAAUGAACUUAGUGUUACGAGGGCUUAAUUGGAAGCACUGCUUGGUUUACUUGGAUGAUAUAAUUGUCAUACCCAGUGCGUUUGAGGAACACCUAUUCCCUCUCCGAGCAGUAUUUGAAAGAUUACGAGAGGCAGGGUUGAAAUUGAAACCGCAGAAGUGUGCCUUCCUUCAGGGAAAGGUCUCCUUUCUUGGUCACGUGGUAUCUGCUGUUGGCAUCAAUACUGAUCCAGAGAAGACUAGUGCUAUAAUUGACUGGCUAACCGGUGAUAAUACCUCGAAAGUGAAAGGCUUCCUCGGCCUCGUAACAUACUAUCGUCGAUUUAUUCCUUGCCUCUCAGAAAAGGCAGAACCUUUGAACUGCUUGACUAGAAAGGGGUCCUGAACAGGAGAGAGCCUUUUGUGAACUUAAGCAGUGCCUCGUUCAACCACCUGUUCUUGUAUAUCCUGACUGCCGCUUAUCUAGUGGUCAGUUUGUUCUGGAUAGCGAUGCGAGCAGUGGCCAUGGUAUUGGAGCUGUGCUGUCUCAGAAGCAGUAGAUGGUACAGAGCGUGUUGUGGACUAUGGAAGUCGAGCAUUACACCUCCUUGAAAGGAACUAUUGUGCAACUCGACUCGAGAUGCUUGUAUUAUUGGAAUUUUUCGACUAUUUUAGUUCUAUUUGCUUGUUCGUAAGUUUCUCAUCCGAACAGACCACUAUGCCUUGAAGUGGUUGAUGUUGUUUAAACAGCCUGAAAGACAAGUAGCCGGCUGGUUGGAGAGACUCCCAAGAGUACGAUUUUGACAUUUCGCAACCUCCAUAUCCACCCAGUGAUUACACAAAUCAAAGAAGGAAGAUCUCCACCCACAGCGUAAGAACAGGAAACCUACAGUCUCCUUACCAGAGCAAUAUAUGCACAGUAUCCAUUACUGGAACUGUGGGACAAUGUGUUGAAGCUAAAGGCUGAGGACAGAGAGAAGCACUAAAGGCCCGAUUCAUUCUCCUGCUAGCCUGGUGCACACUGCAUUGAAACGACUAUAUGAUGGAAUGGAAGUUAGUCACCUUCGGCGCCUCAAGACCUUGCGCAAGGUGCAAGCAAGAUUCUGGAGACCAGGCCUCGCUAGUGCUGUUAAGGAUUACGACGCAGCCUGCUUGACGUUUCAGGACGGGAAAACGUUCUGCGCAAGAUUCUGCGCACGUCUUAUCGCAGGCUCAAGGCGGGCUGUUCUGACUGUGUUUGUUUGUCACUGAGAGAAUUCUGACUGAGACUGAAAAAAAUGCUCGAGACGUAAAGCCUUUUUACCUGUUUGUUUUUUUUUUUCGUCACUUGAAAAUUACUUUUGAUUCAGAACAACCAAUGUUAAAGGAAAAACGGAUCAUUCCGUCAGUCUGAGGAAGAGGCGAGUAUUUUUCUGAUUGUGCAUUCGAUUAAUUUGUGAGUUGAUUUCACCUUCUUUCGCCGGGCUGAAUUAAAACCCGCUUGCAUCCUAUUAUUAGUAGUUACAGUUACUUUUAUUGCAUGCCCAGAUUUAAUACUUUUGCAGAACCAGAUUUAUCCUUCUCUUCGGUCAAAGAACCAUAUUGCUAACGUAUGCGAGUGAAUAAAGUUGCUGGUUUAAAAAUUUCUCAGAAAUAUAAGACCAGCAAGCUUACUCGAGAAGAAAAGACUACCUCGAUCAUUUCUCUGUUGCUCAAGUAAUAAUAGUCAGAGUGUUUUCAUGUCAUUUUUAAUUCAUACUUUUGUUUUUUAGUGUACUGUGAAAGUUUCUUUUCUUUAUAAGAAAUAACUUUCUGUACGCAAAUUUUCCUUUUCACUCACUGUGAAGUAGAGAACGAUAACUGCCGGCAGUGACUUCAAAACAAUUGACCCUUUGCCCGUGAACAAUUGCUGGAGCUGGACUUGACUGAAGCGAGCAAAGCAAACCCUUGUAAUGAUUUGCUGAGUGCAAGGUGCUUGAAUGAAGACCCUCGCAUGGACCAGUUAUUAAAAAUAGCUAAAUGUCACAAAUGGUGAAUCAUGGCUUGGCUGCGAAGCUUGUAACUGAUCAUUUGGUUUUAAGAUCUUUAGGUGGGUUGUUUUUCUAAAGAAAAUUCAUUUCUUCACUGUCAGGAGGUAGGAUUAUGAUAAUUUGUAGGUUUUGCAACCUUGUUCAAGCUUUUUUUUAGUUCGCUGAAUUUUGUGCAUGAUGGAAUUGUUCUCUGCUUGUCGCAUCUCUUGGUGAGCUUAAAGUGGCGUCUCUUCCUUAAAGUGAGUCAGUUGGAAAUUAAAUCAUAUACGUAACCGGAAAGCAAUUUUUGCAAUAAUGUAACUUUAACUUUGUUUGAAGGAAAUCCUACUUAUGCGCAGGUUUUUGACAGGUGUUAUGCAUGUUCAACUUGAGAACACAAAGCAAAAUUUAUCUGCGAGAAACUAUUAAGUUUUGACUGAAAACUAUAGUUGCUUUGAAACCGAUUUUUGGGAAGAUUUUACUUCAUAAAGAUUGACUCUUUUUCUGCCCACAUAUCAACGCCAAAACUUCUACAUUGAGGAUUUUGUUUAUAUUUCAGUGGUCUGUGAAGCUACAAUUGUCUGAUCGAGGGUGGGUUUUAAAAUUUCAGCUCGAGGGCGACAAGGUUCAGUGACUUCAAACACUUUGUGGGCGUACAUUAAUUUUUUUGGGCAAAUCAUUGUACAAAGAUAUAUAUAUAUAUUUUUUGUCCACAGUGGAGCUCCAGACCUUAUAUAUCCAAGACCUUCCUUAUAUGAACACAUUUUGUGAAUGCAUCUUGAAAAAAAUCGGACCUACGCAUGCACAUUUCAAGUACAACGCAAGAAAAUUACCGUCGUUAAAGUCCGUUUUACCAUAAGAUAUUUUUCCAGAAAAUUAACUAAUGAGAUGGUUAUAACCACAGCUUGCAACUUUAGACGAAAAAUUGCUUGUACUUUUCAGGUUUUGAGUGGAAACAUCUUAUAAUUUUUAGGCAAAAAAUAUUUGAAAUCCCGCCAUUUUUUCAAACCCGGCCAGGGGAUCUGGGCAAAAAAGUUCAUGCAUGCUCAUCACGUUUUUCCGCCCUGAAGUUUGACGUUUGUUUAGUGGAAAACAGCUUAAAAAGGCCCAGCAACGACAGAAGGAUUGCUUUGACAAGGGUGUUGAAACUUGCCAAUAUGCACCCGGUGACUUGGUUUUCCUGUUCAAUCCUCAGGUUAAGACAGGCGAAGCUGCGAAGUUUCACGGCGAAAGGAAGGGGCGUUAUGAGGUUCUAGAGCGCACAAUUGAGGUUAACUAUCGCAUAAAGACGCCAAGUGAUCCCGGAAGCCGUUCGAAAGUUAUUCAUUUUAACAAUUUAAAGCUGUACCAGUGCAAACGAGGUGAAUUCACACGGGGACAGGAGAAAGGUAGUAAGGCUUGAAUCACCGUUGCCAUUGACACUCGAACAUAUGGGACGAAAGUGACGACUUACCAGCAGAUCUUUUCCCCUUCCCACGAAAUUCCAUGGUGGUGUCUUUAACUGAGAACACCACCUUGGAGAUACCAGUUGAAGAGACCACCGUUGACGUAACCACCCCCAAGCUCAAAUUGCGGAGACCACCCCGCGAGCACGAAGUGGACGUAAGGCCCAACACGGCGGCUUAGACGUUACCCUCUUGCCUCAUAAAGAUCUGGAACAAAUACAAGAGGAACCGGUGGAAACCAACGUGGACAUUGAGUAUGACGAAAUACCCCAUUAACGAUUGAUGACCGUUCACCCCUGUAGAGAAUGAGGCGUCCCCUGGAUCGCUAUGGAUAGUGGGAGUUCAAUGCUGUAAUGUCUUCAGAUGUACCACUGGGAAAGAACAUGGGACUUUCGGAAGGGUCAUCCAGGCACAGAAGGAUGGAAUUCCCAGUUUAAAAGAAGAUUCAGGUGUGCGGAAAGUUACCCACCUAACGAACAAAGGGGAGCAGUGGAAAACGAAAAGACACACUCUGCUGAACAUUGGUGUUCAACAAACUGAACUAACUACCGACAUAGACAUUCGUUUUCCUAUUAAUUUUUUCCUUUGUCAAACCAAACACAUUUAAACUCCCACUUUUUAUGGGGGUUAGUUUAGGAGCUAGGGUCACGUGACCUGUAGUUUUGGCGCAAAGAUACUAGUCUUGCACGUGUUGUAUUUUGUGACGGUUCGUUCGGUUAUUUGUAGCGUUUGGAAGUGUCUUUCAUCUCUCUGUUUCUCUAAAAGAAUUUGAUCUUUUCCUUUAAAAUCAAAGUUAGUCGGGCUUAAUAACUUAAAGCUAGUUUUUGAUGACUUUUCUCUCUGUACAGGAUUAACACACUAUGCCAAAGCGUUUAAAGUGGCCUUCGGCAUGUUUCAGAAUGUAACGAAUGAUAAGGUAGGAUGCCGAAAUCAGUUAACUAGUUAUGUAUUUUUAAAUGCUACUCCAUUACGAACUGUAAGUUUAUGAGAGCACUGAACACCGUAUAUUCAAGUACUCAUGCUAUCAAACAGUAUGGCAAAUUUAUACAUUUUCAUUUUUUUCAGAGUUCUGGGACAAGCAAUAUCAUCUUGUUUCUCACGGAUGGUGACCCGACUGAUUCUGAAGAUGCAAUAUAUCAAGCAAUUGAGGAAGGACAGCUCAGUAUGGUUAGGCUGACUUGUUACCAUGCAUUUAUAUAUGAUCUGUCCAUUUUUUGUUAACUGACUAGUGAGUAGCCAAACUAAGUAGAACUGUUGUUUAUAGAACCAUUCUGUUCAGAUCAACACUUACGCUCUUGGUGCCGGCCUGUCAGCGAUCAGUCUUCAACGCCUUCGAAGAAUUGCUCUCAGUAAUAAUGGUGUAUUCAAUGAAAUCAGAGAUCAACAGGGAGGUGUGUUGAAAACAAUUAUGGGAAGUUACUACACAUCAAUUAAGACUCCUUUAGAGCAAGAACCCAUGCUUUCUACGCCUCAUGUAGACCCCACGCUUGGUCUGAAGGUGGUAUUAUCCGUAGCACUUAUCCAAAAUGGUACUUUUAAGGGCGUGCUGGCUCUUGAUCUGCCUCUCCAGCGCCUGUUUAAAGAGAUCUUUCAGCUUCCGUCCUCAACCCUGACGUAUGCUGUACUUGUAGACAAAGAAGGUAAUAUGCUUUUUAUAGUUUUAACGUAGGUUUUAUUUUUGGUAACAGACUCCGUACCCAGCUCGGCUGACGUAAAAACAAAAUUGUAUUUAUCUCUCGAAUUUUCUGAAAUUAAGAAGACAAAUGCGUCAUCCAGCGAAGAUCAGUAUAGCCUGCUAAGACGGGUUGUAUGUAUAUACAUGUAUGCAUGUAUGUACGUAUGUAAAACGCAUAAAGUAGAGUUUCCACACACGCGGACUUUAAUUUGAUCCUCUUCUUUGUUUUAGCUGGUUCACUAUCAAUCUUUUUGUUAGUUUUGUGGUACAAGAUUACAAGGUUUUGACAGGUUCGGUGGCUGGGUGAAAACUACUUAGCCCGCUGGUUUUCUGUUUUUGCCCACUUUACGGUGGGGUGCAUUUGUCUCAGGUAUAAAUUAGCCAGCGAAGACACCUGUUGUCGAAAAACAGAAACGGAAUGGGUUGUUUUUAUAUGUGCUACUCUCAACUGGUAAGGAAAAUUCUAGCCUGGUUUACUGCUGCCUUAGGUUUAACAUGACAGGCCAAUUCAGCCCAUGAAAGCGUUGUAUUGAUAGACCGGGCAUACUUACGAUAAUGACACUUUUUUCCCAAUACCCUAAAGCAUAUUGCUCUUUCUCUUCUAAGAGAGCCCAAAUCCGAAUUUCAAGGAAAAAUUACAGUACCCAAACUUCAUUUUGCUAAAUAUUCUAAAACUAAUAGUACUAUAUGAAAAAAAAAUUAGUUUCUAUGUUUUAUUUACUUGUCACACUACUCUAUAUUUCUUCAGCAAACUAAAAAGUUAGAGUUACAUUGUCUCUCCUUCGUUAACUAAGGAAGGGGAAAGUUAGGAUACUCUUGAAGAUCGAUGGUUUCACCACAUUUUAAAAUCACGUAUUUCAGGGCGCGCUAUUUUUCAUCCUUCCUCUCCUGACCCAAUGGAUGUAACAAGCAGCCACUCGUUUUUACCGCUGACACUAUUGGAACCUGCAUUGCCUCCUGAUUUCAUAUACAACCUGACAUCGGGUGGGUCAGGCCAACACAAAGUUGAGGUAAAUAAUGUGUACUUUUCUUUUCCGUAUGAGCCAGAAUGUUUAUAUUGUUUGGUGCCUUAUUAUAGAUAAGCGGAGAUUGUGUUGAAAGCUGCGAUAUUACUUCAAAAAGCUCUCAAAAACACAAUAUGUUUACAAUAUGUUAUACUGUCGAACAAUAAAAAAGUUUACUAAAACGAGUGAAUUUAGAAUAAUUUAAAAUAUCGAUUUAUCAAUGAGAUUCCGUAUUCUAUUAAUUUUGCACAAGGUAGAAAAAAGCGAGGACACUAAAGUGUCAAUAUGAGUAUCGAAAGUCAAACCGGAAUCAAGAUAGAUGCCCAAAUCCUUUCAGACCUUGUCAGGAGUUAAGGUUUUGCCCAGAAUCGAUACCGCCGGAUUAACAAGUUUUCCCAGCCGCUGCUUUGUACCGAAAAGGAUAAACUUUGUUUUUUCGGGAUUAAUUAGUUACCGAUGUUGACAGAGCCCAUCCACAACCCGAUGGAGAUCUUGAGAGACGCACGCUUGCCAAUGUCAGGUCGGUAUCAAACGAUUUUAAGGAAAGAAACAGCUUAGUAUCGUCUACGUAAGAUUCAAUUUCGCAAUUUGAGACGAUAUUCCGCAAAUCAUUGAUGUAAAGGGUGAACAAUAAGAGAAAGAGAAUUGAUCCUUGGGGAACUCCAUAACAGACAGGUAAUGGUGAAAGUAGCAUGCAGCCUAUACGGGUUGUAGCCGAUAUCUUUCGGUCAAGGAACUCUCGAACCACUUUGUGGAAGACUCAGAGUUACCCAAGUCUUGUAGUUUACGAAGCAAAAGAUUAUGUGAUAGACUUUCAAAGGCCUUACUCAAAUCAAUUAAGAUCAUGGCUGUAGUCCUUCUCUCAUCUACUGCCUUGAAAACAUGAUCAGUGACGUGUAGGCUAAUGUACGUAUGAAACUUAUGCUGGCUGUUGAUUGCGAUAUUAGUGCGGCUCUUCGGUAAACUUGACUUUUGAAAGGUUACUAAAGAGUUUGUUAAAUGAGUAGAUCUGUUGUACUUAAUUUCAGACGUCAUUCUUAGUAGACAUCUUAGACGUCCUCCGGUAUAAAUAAGGCCAAUGCAUGUUAGCUUCUUUAUUAAUAACAAAGGUUGCAACUGAAAAGCGUUGCAAAACAUGGGGGGCUAUAAAAGGAAAAUAAUUUCGAGAGUUUUUUUUCCUUUCAGGUGAGCUUUGCGUUACCACUUGGUGAUCGACCAGCAGACGGGACAAAAAUUCUUAAGAUGAGGGCCACUUACUUGUGGUCAGCAGUAACCGGCAGUGACUAUUUCAUUCUCUGUGUUGUAGCUGAUGAAAAGUCUCUAACGAAAGAUCUUACACCAGUAAGUUGUAGUUUCCGAACACUACAUAUUUUAUAUAUCGUACAAAGCUUACUAUCUGGCAUGUUUCUGUUACAAAUAAGUAAUAAGUAUUCUUGGUGUCUCUGACAUGGUUCGGCAGGGAUAUGUGUCGUAUAUUUUCAAGUUUUCGAAGUAGUAAAUGCCCCAGCUUGCCACAAGCCUCAUGCUGUCCUGUCUGUCUUGAAUGCUCAACGAUUGCCAAAUAGUGCGUCUCUUGGCCAUAAAUAAAGUAUGUUUUUCCUGUAAAAUUGUGCUCUUCUCUAAUUAACUAUAUUAUCGAUUACAAUGGUAGAAAAUUGCUGCACGGCGGGCGUUUCUUUUUGGUUUAUUUCUUUUGCUCUAUCUUGCGCUUCCACUGUCUAUGUUCACUUUUAAUUCACUAAAUCACUGAUGUUGUUGUCGGUUUAUUCAUAGGUUAGAAACAUUUCGCAGAUUGUACCCACGUUUUACCAUCGUUUAGAUUUAUCCUGGAAUUCUAGUGUAUCCCAUCCAAAAGAAGUCUGUAGAUGGAACACAAGUCUCAUUUCCCUAACGUCUUCUACAGUAAAGGCAAGUUGAAUCAGACAAACUAUGUUUAAAACAACAUGCCUUAUUCUGUGUCGAUUUGCUCUUUCAACUUAGCAGCGACAGUUUUCACAAGGCGUUCGGGUAAAAGUUCAAAUUUGUCACUUUGAAUAAUUUUCAUUCUUUUCAAAAGUGUUAGCUGCCUGUACAGAUGUCCGUUUGUGACAUCUAGUCUCCAGUCUUGUGGUGGAAGAACUAAGUUAGAUGGAAGAUACACAGUAUAUGUGCCUAUUUUCGGACACUUUUUGCAUUUAUUACAAUAACUUACAUCAGAAGGGCGGGAGCAAGCGGAUAGUUUCCUAGUAUGUAGUUCCUUUUCCUACGGCGACUGGCUGGUUGAACGCUCAAGGUUCAACCUCAUUGUGUUUUGAAAAAUAUCGUAGAAGUCGGGCGGCCUAUUCUCGGACAGGUAGUCCGGCCCUCAUUCUCGGACGAUGGUUCGUAGGUGAUUAAUCCUCUUCAUCAUGUUAAUAUACGUCUCAUUGAAGAAGAACGAAGUAAUGUUAAAAGUAAAAAACACGUUUUGUGGCUUAAAAAGCAUUCUAAAGUCAGUUUUAGUGAGUCCUCCAGGAGUAUUCGUCGCAGAUUUUCCCCCUGUUCUUCCUCGAAAAUGUGAAACAGUUGACUCGUAUUAAUUCUUACUUUGAAGCAAACCUUGUUCCAUUUUCUCCGACUUUCUCCAAAAGGUGGUUAUUUCCGUUGAGUAUUUGACAAGAACAGAGUGCAGACUGAAACGAUGUAAUUCAAUGUGCAGCGAAAUGCGAACUUAGACAGAAACACAUUUUACCUUCUUUCACAAGAUCUCCAAAUUUUCCCGUUAACGGACCGAUCCCAAAAAGAGUUAGCGAAAGUAGACUAAUCAAUUACUCAUCGGAGCCCAUCUUUCUGGUUACGAAGGAUUACGAAACAUUAAUGCUUACCGUCCGAGAAUAGGUGCGUGCGAGAUAUCGGAACACAUACUGUAUUUGUUGUGCGUUGUGGAUCUCGGAUAGGAAAAGCAACAAUUAUGACCUACGAAUAAUGAGAAUAAUUGGUUUUUAUGCAAUGCCAAGUUUAUGUAUUCUACUUGUCAUGCAGUGAUCACGAGGCGGGAUUUUACGUCUCUCAGAACUUAGGCACGUGAAGUGUAUAUCAUAUUUAGCUGCUUUAAAAGGUGGACAUCACUAGUGUCAUUUCCCCUUUUAACUCCUCUUCGUCGAGUCAAUUUUGAAUCCCUCCUCCUCCCCAACCGCCUCCUGUUGUCUCAUGUUCAAGUGUUUGCCGUCGAGAUAACGACGGUCUUUAAUUGUUAUUGUUAACAAAUUUUAAAAAAGCCACACUCGUGGCAAAUUUUUCCCAUUUGUUGGACUGUGUGUUUCAUUCGACAAACGGAGCUAGCUGACAACUUGCGAUGCGCGCACAAUGUUACUUUAAACAAAUAAUAGUAGUUAUAACUGGUCAGGGCAUAAAUUGUCUUUCUUGGUGUUGUUUCCCCUUGGAGAGGAUUGCUUUUAGUCUCUCGGCUUUGAUAGGAUAAGAACAUCUUCAGCAGGUUAUUUAUUGUAUUACCACUCGGUGAGGGUUGAAGGAAGAUUGAGAAAGGAAUGUAAACUCCCAGUGCAACGAACUAUUUUCUAUAUGAGCUUUGGAUUGCUUUGUUAUGUGCUCCAUUAUUCUACAAACUUGUUGUUGCGCUUUUUUUGGAUAAUCAUUGUUAACAUGUUAUAUGUGCAUAAGGCAUUAGUUUGAUUGCAUGAUUAUUUUCAGUGUGUCUUACGUUAUAUAUGUUUUUUGCUUCGCCUGUGAGGCUGAUUAUCCACUUUUACAGAUGUUUAUCUAAACGAAGUAGUCGCUAAUCAAAUAAUCGAAUUUAUUUUCAGAUAACACCAGAUGCAUUUAACGACUAUGAUAAAUACAUAUACCCAACGGAAACUGUUAAGGAUAUCCAAAGUAUACAACACUUUUUUGACGACAAAAGUUUUCAAGCUAAGUACCAAGGUUAACAUUUCAUUCUUACUGAGUUUUUUUUGUAGGGUUACAGGUAGCUGGGGUCUCUCUUAAAGGGGUAGGGCAGCGCAGUUGCGGAAAUGAAGUGCACCAUAUAUAGUAACUAGUAAUACCGCCCUCUGUAGACAAGUUUGCAACCUUAGCAUCGGCCGCUACUGAAGGACGUGGCACAUCACAAUCAUGGACCACUCCGUACUACUAACGCCCAAAGUAAUUGCUAGGUCUUGCAAUUUCUAUAGGCAAAAAACAUAAUAAUGUAAUUCCUUAAUAUCUAUGGAAUUGAACAUUUUGAUAUGUUCGUAAUAGGUCUUAGUGAAGCUAUUCGUAUAGAAGUGAUGCUCACAUCAGUGCUAGAGACCAUUUGGCAGAAGGCAGACUUUAUUUAUCCGGAUUUAGUUGCAUGGAGGUGAGUCUGUUAUGUUUUCAAAUGUUUAAGAGAUGUUGGAUUUUGUGCAUUGCUUGGCUUUCCCUUCACGUUUCGUAUUAGUAUUGAUGGAGAUAAGUAAUCGAAGACAGUCAUCAUUUCACAUGUCAUAAGUUAUAAAUGUAGCCAACACUAAAAUCGGUGUUCUUGCAUAAGAUGACUGUUUACUUGAAACAUUUAACUGUGGGUGGAUUCAUUUACAGAAUACGCGUAAAGCCGUUGCAUUCGUGCGAUGCCUGAUGGUAUUUGUUGUUGCUUUUAAGCCUGAAAAUAUUUAAAGAGAAAUUACAAAGGGCCAUUGAUGUUUGAUCCAGGUUAAACAUUUCCAUCCAACAUUUUGCAUCAGCAUCACAAACAAAUGUUCGAUCGUUUAUCCGGGGCCUUAAACCUUUGGGCAUGCAUUUCCCGAAAAAUAAAACGCUUGUUGCUACACGAUUUCCCGCCAAAAACAUGACGUGCAAUGGAUUUGACAUUUACAUUGGCUUACAUGCAUGUUCGCACAGACGUAAGUACGCCCUACAGUUUAAUUUAACCAAACCUUCUCUCAUUAAUACCGGAAUUACCAUAUUUUACUUGCUAUGUAUUUUUGUUUAAAGCUAAAAUUCUUCGGUUUAACAAAUGCCCAAAUUAAACUACCCAUCUGGAUGCAUUUCUCAGUUCAUGUGGUUAUAAAUACCCUCAAUGAUUUCACUCAACACCUGGUUACUCAUAGGACCUUUUGUCUCUUGAACUAGGUUUAUCGGAACGGAAAACGGUGUUUUGAGAAUAUAUCCUGGACGUCGCUUUGAGAAGACUUAUUCCCACAAACACCAACCAUGGUGAGGGCAGACUCGAGCACAGCAAUACAUAUCAGUGAUAAUAACACAAUACAACUUUGUCUUUUAACUCUAUAUUUCACUAGUUAUCGUAGCGCUGAGAAAAGAUCCAUUGCCGAUACAUAUUUGUUUUCUGUAAUCACCCGCCAGAUCAGAGCAAGUGUACCGCAAGUUAGUCAACUGCUUUCAUAUGAAAGCAUUAUUCCCUAUAGUAAUGAGGAACAUGCUUUUAAAAUUAUUUUACUGUAGAUAAAGUACUGUAAGUGACAGGAGGAAAGAAACAAACGGUCAGUCACAGAAAUAUAUCCAUUCUCUCUCGAUUAAAAAUCUGUUUUAAUUUUUUUUUGCCUUUGGCUCAGUUUUAUUUUACUACAGCGAAAACGUUGUAGGCGUAUUCGAUAACAGAAUAGACAAAAAAGCUCACCAUGCAUUAUAAUGUGAUUGUGCAGGUUCAGGCAAGCAGUAUCGUCACCUGAUAAGCUGGUAGUGUCUAUUAGGCCAUCAGCGUAUCAACCUGUUCCUGAAUCAAUUAUAAGCUUAAGCAAGGCUGUCCGCACCUCCAGGUACAUGUAACAUGUUGAUUUCGGUUGAUAAGGUUAAAAAUGAUAGCUUAGCCUGCGUUGCAGGCGUUUCCGUUUGGUUUCGGAGUAAAGAAAGACCGAGAAACGGCCGCGCGAGAAAUGAAAUUAGAGCGACAAAAUGACAGAGGGGGGAGGGGGAGGGGAAGGAAGGAAACGCUUACUGACAAACCCCUCGAUUUUGAAAACCUACGUUCGCCAGCGAACGCAGCGCCUGAUUGGCGCGGCUAGUCGAACAACAUUGACAUGUGUCGAUUAAAGGUUUGUUUCAUACUGAGAGGUCAUGUAUGGUACGUGAGACCAAAUUAAUUUUUUGUGGUGGAUAUUUGCCCUCCGAUGCAAGAGCAUUCCUCCUUGCGACUAAAUAAGGGUUUCAGGUCGUUUAAUUUAUUCUCCAAAGUGCCCAGCUCGUUGGUGCAUUUUUUCUUUGGGGGGAUGUUUAAAAAUUCUCUAGGAUAGUGAUUUACAGAUCCAAAUUUCAAAGAGUGGAUUGCACCUUAAACUGAAGCUACAUCAGCUAUGGAGAACUGCAUUGUGACCCAGUCGAGAUUGCUGAUUAAGCAAUGAUUACUUGGUAAUAACUUUUGAAUUGCGUCUCUUCUGUUAUUGCUACUCUCUGAUCAGGCAAGACUAUGGUUUCGGUUCUCCACGCGAACUUCAUUAGUUGCAGGGUUAGCUUUGUUCUUAGAUGCUUAGCUUUUACAAGAGCAACUCUAGUUGUCUGUGCCGUGGCGAGAACGGUGAGCUGUUCUGUCUAGCUGAUCUCUGUCCUCGUAGAAAUACACGGUCACAUUUUACCACUUCAAAUCCAACUUUCUGGAGGUUUUGAGCUAAAACUUCAAAAAAUCACCCUUGCGGUCCUUCCUUUUAGACGGAUUAACAAGACAAUUGUAUAAAGCCUGCAUUUGUUCGGAUUCAUUGAGAUUUCACCAUUAACGCCGUCCAUGCGUUCCAAAAUACAAAAAAAUAUUUUAGUUUCACAUACGCGUCCUCUAAAGUUCAUUUCCGCUCCUCGGAAGGCCACACAUUUUAUUGGUCAAUGAUGACAGCUGAUGACAGCAUCAAAAGUCGGUGCGUUAACUCAGGCAUGACAGGCCAAGUGCAUGGACGGUUUUCAAAGUCCCGGGGUUUGUCUGCAAGCGUUUCCUUCCUUUCUUCCUAACCCCUUCACCGCUCUUUAUCUUGCGCCAUUUAUCGCGUUCCUCGUUCCUCGUUCUUUUCUCCUAAACCGCACGGAAACGCUUGCUACGCAGGCUAAUGAUAGCUCAAUCAUAUAUUACCAUAACUAAUUUCUGCUGAGUUUGAAAUUGAGUCUGGAAAACUACAAAAACUUUUUAUUUACACAAUUAAAUCUUUUGUUUUGGUGGAAAUUCAAAUGGAACAAUCUUCUUCAUCAUGUUCUCAUUUAUCUUUGAGAGCAGACGCUUGUCAUUGAUACUGGGGUAAAUCCAAUUUGCAACGACGUGACAAGGCGGCUAUGUCGGUUGACAAAACAAUGCAUUUUAUUUCACAGAAUUUUCUUGAAAUUCAGUUUAGUUCCAGCCCUGCGGAGGGUUGUCAACCAACAAGGCCGUGACGUCAGUUGCGAAUCAGCAAUACAUGCUAUAUUCUCUAAACUCUAUAUUCAACUCACAGCUGCACCGGAAAGCCACUAGACAAUAGUCUAAGAAGAGAUGUGCUGGCGGUUAUUGGGAUGGAGAUGACCCAAAGCAGUUUCUUACAAUUCAUUACUGACAACGUAAGUGCAUGAAUUUAGGUAGUUCACUCGUAUUGCGCCGUGCAUUUCCUACUGCGCAUGACGUUGUGACUUCAAAGGUGGCGGUGAUAUUCAUCGGGUGACUAAAGAGAGGUAACAAAGUCUCCUUUUGUAGUCUAAUAUAGUGAUUAUAAUAGCUCUUCCCGGCUAAAACAGUGUUAGUCUUGAAAAUUGCUCCAGUCCCUUCGCGCUAAACGAACAUUUUAAGCCGAAAUUGUCCCUUUGUUGUCUUUUUACGAUGAAACGAGAAUGGUGACCCCGUUGUUGGUGUUUUUAACUCGUUAUGGUUAAAAGAAAAUUAUAUGUUAAAGAGAAAAAGAACUCUGGACAGAAGAUCUGUCAUUUUGAUAUGAAUGAUAAGAAACUCCGCAUUUAGAGAGAAGUAUGAGAUAAUGUUAAAACUGUCCAUUUUUUUACACCUUUUACAGGAUCCUGGUAAUUUAAAGUCACUUUACAUAAAAAUUACAGCCCAGACAAACAAAUUUGGCUUUAGUUUUUAGUAAGAUUAAAAGUUUCUGCUAUAUGAUAAGAAUUUUUGGUGGCUGUAAAAGUUUCGAACAUUUCGCGCGCAACCGGGAAAAAACACCAAAAUGAAUCUGUAGUUACCUCACAGAUCGCAAAGAGUAUGUUGAAUGUAACGGUGUGGCCUCUGCGUAUCAUAAGGUUAAAUGUUAAAUGUGGUGUUCCACAGGGUUCUAUCAUGGGCCCGUUACUUUUUAAUAUUAAUGACAUCCAUCUUUCAUCAAGUUUACUUAAGUUUAUACUAUUUGCUGAUGACAUUAACGACUUUUUCUCAAAUGCUGAAAAUUUCUAAUCAGUUAAUGGCCAAUAAUCUCACAAUUAACGUAAAGAAAACUACCCUCCGUGCCUUGUAAUAUAAGAAUAAACAACGAAACUGUUGAACUUAAAACAUAUACUAAAUUAAAUUUCUUGGUGUUUAUGUAGAUGAGAAUUUAACUUGAAAAGAACAUGUUACCUUAAUGCUUAAUGCCAGUAAGGUCUCUAAAUCUAUAGAUAUAAUAACGAAAGCGAGAUUCUAUCUUUCUAUUCCAUCGUUGCGUAACCUUAUAUUUUUCUCUUGUCUAUCCUCAUCUGAAGUAUGGAACCAUUGUUUGGAGAUCUGCGUAUAAAACUACCUUGAAUAGACUUUUUGGGUUGCAGAAAUGUAUCAUAAGAGUAAUCACUAAAUCCUGUGUUACAGUCUGUUGAUGCACCAGUGCUCCUUUAUUCUAUGACCAUAAUCUUCUUAACAUAACUAAUAUCUACAUGCAACAGAUUGGCUUGUUCAUGUUUUCUUUCAAGAACUAGAAUCGCCGAAAGGCGACUUUACCUGGUCUACCAAGGGGCGAUUAGGGGGCAGCUGUACACACUCAGGCUACCACAAAACCUUGUCGUCCACCAUUGCGUGACCUAGAAUCUCAUGUGAGAGUGAAACAUAAACUCAUUUAAACAUUGUACAUUUGGAAGACUUUCGUAAUUAUGUAAUUAUCAAUUAGGUUGAGUGAGAGAUCGAGACACGAUAGAACCUAGGAAAUCUGUAACCGUAAAUUUAUCAAAGUAAAUCUGUAGACAACCAUAUCGAGAGUGAUUAUUUGUCGGAAACCCGUUCAUGACAACCUAGACUAUACAGAAUUAUUGUACUGCAAGAAAACGAUACGUUAGCCACAGCAGACAGCGAGCAGCUUUUAAGAGAAAACAACCCACUAUAAAACACAUCAAGGUGCACGGGCCUUAUUCAACCGAGACUGAUAAAGAUGAUCAAUAGACGAUAAUCUGUAAUUUAUGGUCCACAUUGUGCCCCAAGAUAAAAAUAUAAAUACGUUUCAAUAUUCUUUCUUUUAAAUUGUUAUCUUCCUUCAACCUAUUAAAAAAGGAAUUAGUUCGUUUGCAAUUUCCGACCUGGGAAAUUUAAAAGAUUACUUACGGUUUUUUUUUUCCAUGGCUGCACUAGCCUCCCACUGAGGCGUUUUAAGGGACGAAAUACGAGCUCCCCAAAAAACACCUGCGUGGGAGGCUAAUUGGCUGUAUGUACUUCAAAAAAAAUAAUGUAAAUAGAUCAAACGGUCGAUAAGUGACUUUUUUAAACGCCAAUUGAGUCAGCGUCAAAGUGCUGAUGACACGAACUUCAAAUUGUCUUUUGUUCAGGAUAUUCAUCUCGAAGCUCAAUAAUUGACCUUUAUAUAGUUAAACGGUACAUAUACUUUAUACACUUUACUUAUACAGCGUACGGAUUCAGAACACUUUCAGUAAGAUAUGGGUUAUGUACAUAAAAAGGUAUGCAUGUUAAAGCGAGUUGUGAACUUUCAAAGUUUAUCGAAACUCACUGGUGCUAACAUCAAACGUGCCUGAUGAAUUGGCGGAAAGACAGAAAUUAGGAGAAGCAUAAUUCUCGAUCACACACACAUUUAAUGAUAGAGACACAAGCAACCGGAUUUAUUAUGUAAACACUGAUUUGCGUCAUCAGUAUGGAAUUUCUGUUGCUGAGUCGCAGACGUUCCUCCUCGCGAAACGUCCCCAGCGGGGAAGUGUGAGGAGAAACGGAUGGUUUCGCAGGCUAACCAAGGCCCAAAGUUUUGGAAUACUCUUCCUACUGAACUAAAAAAUGAAUCUUCUAAAAGAAGUCUUAAAAAAGAAGUUACAUACUAGAUUUUUAGUUUUUAGUUCUGUCCUAAGUUAAUUUCAAUUUGUUGAUUAAUAAUUGUUUGUGUUUAUUGUUUUUCCUUCUUUAUAAUAAUAUUUAGUUAUUUAAUUAGAAUUAAUUAUUGGUCUAGAAUUAUUAGAUUCGAUAAUUACAUACCCUAAAUUAAUUUCAUAUUGUUGAUUGAUAAUUAUACCCCUUAAUUCGCUGUUGUAUUUUCAACCUUUUGUAAAUGGGCUUGAAUCUAAUUAAUAAGCCACAUGGUUUUCCGUUUAGGCUGCCCUGACACCUGAAAUUGGUAAUUUUUUUCUUGGUGGUAAUCUGACAACAAAUAAAAUAAAAGAAUAAAAAGAAUUAUGAGCACGUAGGGCGAAAACAAGCGCAGUGACCCCAUAUUAUUAUUGUAGUUUUUUCAUGUCCUAUAUAUGACUGUUAAUUGUGCCAAGUUUGAAAAAAUCUGGAUAGUACAUCCUUUGUGAGUGAAUUACCUUAACUGAUCAUAUUGAGUAGCGAAACAUACAAAACAAUCAGUACUAUUUAAAGUGUGCAUUGAUCUUCGUAGGAUAUCUUAAAAACUGAAGUUUGCCUCUCAGGUUGCUUUGCAAAAUGAUAUGAACACCACCUGGUAUAUUCUUGACGACAGCGGGUGAGUAUAGUAAAAUCAUUAUGCCCAUCAUUUGAUUUUUAUUAUUUCUUUCUCAAUCGUCGAAUGAUAUUUUUGUCUACUUUUGCUAUGUUUUUGAGACCGUGUGAAUCUUCGCCAUUUUCUCGAGCAUAGCUGGGUUACGCUGCCGUGGGUCUCUUUUGCUCGCGAUAUCAAUACGAUUGACGUCAAUGGCAUUGACAUCGGCAAAUACACCUAAUUGCCAUAACGUUGUCUUAGAAAAAUGAAAAAAAGAAAAAGCCAAAUAGGAAUUAAUUUGGGAUUUGCAGCAUCCACGCGUGGACGUCGUAUUUGCCUGUUGGAAUUUGCUAUUGUGUUAAAGAUGAAGGACAAUAAGAUUGAAAAUUCCAGCGGGGAAAUGAAACGGCUGCAAAUGAAUCCACCAUGAGAGUGUGGCUAAAUUAGCCGAAUUAAUUCCUAUUUGGCUUUUUCCUUUUUUCAUUUUUCUAUGACAACGUUUUUGCAAUUGGGUGUAUCUUCCAAGGCUAGCCUAGUUGUCAAGUCUUAGCCGUGAGUUCGAAGCCAAUCAGAAACGAAGAAAUAUAUAUAUCAGCUUUACAGCCCCGACGAAGUAUGAUCUUAAAACUACUCCCUCAAGACAUAGCAAGAACAGCAAGAUUAGAACUCGGCGGAUGACAUCUGCUGUUUUAGCUCGUUUUUGAAAAACGAAUUAUUUCGAAUGAAUAAUAAAGCGAUGAAUCAAUUAUUGGAUUCGGCUUUCGCAUGAUUUGAAGAAUUAUGCAGAUCUCGGAGGGUGUUAUCCGCCUCGGCCGAUAACACCCCCCCCUCCAUCACCAUAUUUCUUCAGAUCAUACGAAAGCCGAAUCCAAGAAUUGCUAACUGAUAUCUGACAACGGGCCCUCAGACGGGGAACAAGUAAACCAGGAUUUGAGAUUUCAUUUUCUUUUUGCGCCAACGUAUUUAACCGUGUCUAAAUAAAAUAUGUCUAUGUAUAUCACGAAUGAGCCAUUAUCACUGUUAUUCUCUUUUGACUUUGUAGGUACCUAUUACUAAACUUUCCGAAUCCCACUAUAUUGCAAGUCCACAAAAAACAUUUAACGGAACGCAUCCCUUGGUUGGCAAGAGAUUUAAUUCGAAGAAAUAUUCUCAAGGUACGAUUUUGUUCAAAAAAGUUGUUUAAAAAAUACAUAGUUGCUUGGAAAUAAAGAUUCUCUGUAAACUACUUAAAGGAGACAGUCUAAGGUUCCAUUCUGGCGUAAUAUAUAAAACGGGGAGGCAUUCUAGCUCUAUUAACAUUAUCCAAAACGUAAUAAUGGCUAAACAGACUCAACUACUAAUACUUAUGUUUGGAUUGGAGCUUAUUAACCUCUGUAUAAAAUAGCAUCAUAUUUAAAAUGGAGACUUUGGGAAAAAACACUCCGGAGCCCGUCCUUCUUCUUCCCUCUAUGACUUAACAAAUGUAUUUUCGCACUAUUUGAAUUGGUCGAACAGUUUGCUGUUCAAUGGCUGUUGUUUCUUACAGUUAGAAGUAAAUAACGGGGUGACGUUAUUUUCUCCUGUUUUUAUCUUUUUUAUCAGUUCUCGAAGCAACCGCGUUACUUGUUAUUCCAUAAACAUUUUUAAGUAAUAGCUUUAUAUCUACGGGUGCCGGGAAAAGGUGUGUUGUUUAUCUAUAGAACCCAAAGCUUUGUCUUCGCAUGAGCAGACACAUGAUCACACCUAUUCCAACCUACCUAUUCCCUUUUCACCUUUGCAAUGAUAUCUGGAGAAAAUAUGUUAAAGUUAAUAACAUAUCAUAUUUUCAGGUUUCCUGGUGCAAUAACUAUCAGCAUUACACAACUGAAAUGUUUUACGAACUUUUAAGUAAUGGAUCUUCAAAUAGCACCGUCCCUUGUCGUCAGUUCUCAUUAGAACCUAUACCUGGAACAUCUCUUUUUCUAUUGGCGAUACCCUCCAAGGGUAAGCAUCAUUGUGCAGCCCAACAGGUCAGUAUGCAUAAUUUCAGGCAAUCAGUUUGUUCUGACAGGUGAUCUAGCCCACGUAGGACCUGAUGUCAUUCUUCCAAAGGGAUUAGGUUUAGGAGAAAUCGUUGGUAAUCUUGAUGAAAGAUAAAUCCCGUACAACUGUUAAAAAUUUUUAAAAUGAAGUUUAAAAAAGGUUUCAUGGACAAACAAGGACUGUACAAAAAAUAUGUAAUUGGUGGUUAGUAAUGCGUGGCACUUGUAAAAAUGGUAGGGUUGAUAUUGUAGAAUAAGCAUCAAGAAAGUAAGAGACGUUUCGUACAAAAGCCGCAGAGGGAUAUGCGGUGUAUGACAUUUGCAGACUGCAGACGGCAGACCACAGACCGCAGACCGCAGACCGCAGACUGCAGACUACAGACCGCCGACUGCAGAUUGCAUGAGGCAGCAAGACUGUAAGUUGAAUGAAACCAAAAAUAUCGUAAUAAAGGUGGCCUCAUCAUCAACAUUACCUUGUUCCGAGAAGUAAGGCCUAGAAGCGAAGUUUUAUUUUUCACGCAAACUACACCGACCUCGUUCCUAAAGGAGCUGUUGGCUGUUCUUUUCGUAUUGAAUUAGAGCAGAAUAAUGUCUGCCGAUGUGACACACUUGUUCAUGAAUCCAUAGCAACAGUCUAGCAAUUUAGCCUAUACCACAGACGAAACUAAACUAUGGCUAUAUAAGUCUGUCUGUGAAACAGCGCCGGAAUCCCUAUUCUACGGGGGCCCCACCUGUGUACUGGGACUUGACUAUGAGCAAUGAUUUGCCUAUUUAGAAAUUCAAAAUGCACUUCUGGUAAUUCGUCAAGUCCAGGUAGGAUCUGUUCAUUGUAGAUUAUUUGGCAUAUCCCUAAUACUGCUAAGAUGAAAUACGUCAUUUAAAAGGUGUUAAAUGUCCUUGAUCUAUCCUACGAAGUGCUCGCAAUCUAAAAACGUUUUUUACAGAGGACUAUUAUUUAAACAGGCAUUAGUGGGCAUGGCUACUUGUGAUUAUCAAUUCACAAUAAUCAAAGAAGAAUAAAGAAUCAACGCAAUUAUUGAUAUGCCGGGUGAGUUGAUAAAGGGUUGGUGAAGAAUAGCCAACAGCAUCUUGGGAAUGAGGCCAUUGUAACUUUGCGCAAAAAUAUCAACCUUGUUCCCAGGCUACUUUGUUACUCUCACACGAUGUUAUAUUGUUAAUCACUGCGGUCUGCAGACCGCAUACACCGACGGAAUGAGACUGCGGAGUUCUGUACAGCCCCCGAAAUGAUCCCGACCCCGAAAUGAUCCCCAACCCUGAAAUGAUCCCCAAAUCGACCCCGAAAUGAUCCCCAUUUCUCUUCACGUCGACCCCGAAAUGAUCCCCAAUUAAUUCUUGGAAUGGAACUUGUAUUCCCUCACGGAACUAUUACAAAUCUGUUGCAGCGUUUACGUUUUUAAAUCGCGUUUAACAUUUCGCUACAAAUUGAAAACGUUACAGUCAAGAACAGUAUUUUUCCUUCUUCCCUUCCCAUGAGACCCCGCGCGCGCCUCAACCUAAUCCCCAAUCCGGUCUCUUAUCGCAAAAAACACUUAAAUAGUGACUGGGUACGAGUCUGAGUCACGAAGCAGCGACUGAUCAAACAAAGUGAAAUAGAGUUUAGUUGCGAUAUUUCGACUGGCCAAUACCAGUCUUCAUCAGGUUCAUUGAGAUAUCACGAAUUCACAGAAAUAUAUAUGAAGUAAAAUUAUGACGGGAAAUUACAUAAUAUGACGUGGUAUGGUGGCUACUUUAAACGACAAGAUAACAAAAAAAUAAAAGAUAUACUAUAUAUAGUUACAGUUCAUCACGUUUAUUGAUGCCCAGAGGCUCAGUUGUCUUAGCUUUAUGGAUAAUUUGGCUUCACGUGCUUUCCUGAAAGAAUCACGCCCAUUUUUAAGUUUUUCAAUAGGAAUCAAAAGCAUAUGAUUGUCGGAAUGAUUACUGGUUAGAAAGUGUUCUGAAACUGCAGUAUGGAUGUAAUUACCAGAAGGGUUGAGUAUAGGUGAAUAAGAUUGAUCGUACACGGUAUUUGCAGUGUUUUUUUUUUUACCUUAAUUAAACAUUUCGCUACAGUUUAUGUGAUUUUUUAGCGUUUUUGUCAUCUAAUCGCCUUCAUGUAUACUUUUGCAUCUUCAACAUCAUUUUAAGAUUCUAAAAUGUGUUAAAACACUAUUUUUAAAAUUCAAUAUCCAAGGCAUGCAGUUUUAACAUCAUUUUUAGAAUUUAACAUCUAUGCAGUUUUCUCUAUAACCCGGCUAUAAUCACCUAAGUAAUAAUUUAAAAAAAUGUUAUGUUUCUUGAUAUUAUCAGUUGCAGUUCAUGGUGUUCCUAAAAAUACACUACUUUUUUUUAAUAAUAUUAUGUUCCCGGCGUUUAAUCCAGUUCAAAGUGUAGUACCAAAUUAAUGUGGGCAAGUGAAGAUUAUUAGUGAAGCUUAAGUUAUAUUGUUGUGCAUUUUGCACGAUCCAUAGUUCCAGGAUAUCAUUCUUUUCCUAAAAUUAAUUGGGGAUCAAUUCGGGGUCGACGUGAAGAGAAAUGGGGAUCAUUUCGGGGUCGAUUUGGGAAUCAUUUCAGGGUUGGGGAUCAUUUCGGGGUCGGGAUCAUUUCGGGGGCUGUACAGUUCAGACAUCGGACAUGAGACAUCGGACAACGGACAACGGACAAUGGGACUCGUCUUUUCGUGUUGUCGUUUUCGUUGUUUGUUCCUGAGCUUCUUCGUUAUUUUACGUUGCCACCGAGUUGGAAGGUUUGUUGCUGAGAACUCGUCAAAUAACUGUUGCCGUUAGUGUCGAUGACAGAUCAUUAUAAAAAAGAUUUUUCGAGUUUACAGGAUGUUGAGGGCGUCCUGUAAUAGAUAUUCCACAGGAAAUGCUGGAGCUCUAUCUUGAGCAUCAUUUCACUCCAGUGCAAAUUGCUCAACUGUUUUCUGUGUCGACGAAAGCGAUUAGAAAACGCCUUGAGGAAGCAUAGCAUGCUUACAUCUCAUGGUGCAAUUCUGCAUCUGUCAGGCAGCUAUGCUUUUCGACACGAUGGGAACGUAAAACAACGAAGAAGCUCGUGAAAGAGUAUGUAUCACUUUGUCAAAAUGUGUAGUGAGAUAGCUUACUUCACUCUCACUCUCAUCGAACUGUUCAUUUACGCGGUGAAAAAUGAACUCUACACUCUGGCGGAGGUCGCCAUAUUGCCCAGACAGUCAACUACUUCAUGUUAUUCCUGGGAGAAUUAUACCUUUUCUCGUUCCCAGGCUAGCACGGUGAAAUAGGCGAAACGAAACGACGAAACGAAACAUCGAAGAGAUAGUCCAGUCAAAUUUUGGUUUAGCAUCAAACUAAUUGCAACAGAAUUUUUUCAACGCCAUUUAAUUGUUGGAUGGCUUUGUAACAACAUACUAAAAAUCCGCCAAAAUCGGUUCGGUGAAACAUGAGAAAAUUUUGGUAAUAAAAAUUUUCAACUUUCACCACAGGAAACCCAAUUUUAGGAAGAUCGCAAAUUCAGAUAAAACAUUUGAUAAUAGUUUUUUUCCUCACGAAUUUUCGAUACAACAUCGCCAAUGUAUUUUGGGUAGUUUUGGUUUAAAAAACGCCGACUAAAUGUGUGAGAAACACCUGGGUCAGUGUUUUGUCUUGACGGCUUUGCACAGGUUACCCAGCCAUUCGUUUGUCUUCACAUUCUGUUUUCCAAACCGUAAUUGUUUUCUAUGACUGUAUUUAAAAGGGAAAUUAUUAGUCAGUCUGUACUGAUAUGAUUGAAAAUAUUAGUGUUUUUAUUUUUGCGCAAUAUCAGAAAUGCAGAAAGUAUUUUUAGCUUUACAGGCUUGUAUUUUUUUUAAUAUCCUGCAGCAUGGAAUCAAGUUUAGUAGCUGACUGAUGGUGAACAGUUUGAUUUGAUAUUUUGUUCACCUUCAGUCAGCUACUAAAUUUGCAUCCAUGCUGCAGGAUACGUGCAACUAAAUGUGUGCAACGGACGAUAGCUUUGUAUCAGAACAAACUGUUUAACCUAUUCCCAUUUUCUGCAAUCGAGUUUUGUGAGGUAGUUGUGUUCAAACCUUGGACACAAUAUGUGUGAUCGAAAUCAGGGAUUUUCUUUUUUUUCUCACGAUAUGUGUAACCUCCUUUAGGAUUAUGACUCCACCGUACUUUACAAUGUGAGUGAAUAAAUAUCCUGCUAAGGAUUCUGUCUAUUUGGUUUUGGCUAGAUCAUAACGCUCUGCGCUUUUCACUACACCUAGCCAUAGGCGUACGGGCCGGGUGGGCGAGGGGGGCUGCAGCCCCCCCAAAGUUUGGGCAACUCAGAUUUUUUGGACAGCACGAGAAAAUUUGGGCAAAGCCAGUUUUUAAAGACGUCUCCAUGUUUUUAGUAUUAUUUUGAAGAGAUAAAUAUAUUCUAUUUUAACCUGAAGUCGGCGUAAUAAUCCAGUUACAUUGACACUAGAGUGUCUGCCUAGCACGUGACGAGUUUCUGGUUGUAAGGUAUCAUAUGCUGAUUUUUUUUUAUUGUUGGGCACUGUACUGCAAUGGGCUAUUUCCACUCGUGAAUUUAUUAGAAUAAACUUCCGCCUAACUUUCUAGAAUCAUCUCCGCUCGUAGAACAGUGUAUGGCAGAUAGCAUCAGCAAUGGGUCUUAAAGUGAAGAAGUGGCUGAUUAAUUCUCAGUUUGAAUUGCGAGAAGAAUCUUGAUUUUUUAAAAAAGUAUAUCGAGCGGUUUAAAAAUUAUUCAAUAAUUUGUUAAAGUAGACUGAAAUGCUUACAAAACCGCUAACAAGAGCGCCAUGAUACAUACUAAUCAAAUCCUUCUUUGUCGCAAUUGGCCGGAGCUAUCUCCAUGAUCUAUCAACCACGUUUUUGAAAAGAUUGAAACUACUAUGAGGUGAAAUUGCAUGUCAAAAGUGCAUCGUUUUCUACAGAUAACGGCCAAACAUCAAGAUGUUCCUUUUUUUACCGUAUUUCCAACGAUAAAAACUUUAUCCCAAAAUAUCUCGAUAAUGCUCUUACAGAUUCCGUUUUAACGUCACGAACAUCGAGGCGACUAUUGGAGGAAAAAGCUCCUGUGAUCGAUUUUAGAAGAACAGUUCCCAGAGAGAAAUAUUGCUGCAAGUAUAAUAGGUAAUGGCUUCAUUUCGUUGCUAUAACAACUCCGAUGUCAUUGCAACCCUGAUCACAACAAAUUUUCAUCUUUAUCUAAUACACCUGUGGUGGCAACUUUUCCAAAUGUUUGUUUAUGGCGACGUAGUUUAUGCUCAAACUUGGCAGGUAUUGACCCUGAAAAACUGUAUGGAGCCAUUUUCAUAUGCCAGGACGGCCUAUCUUGUUGCAUCGGUCCUCGUUUCUGUUCGACUGUUUUGUAAAAAUUUGGGCAACUUGCAAAAAUUUUUUUGGGCAAAUGGUUUACCGCCCCCCCUGGCAAAAAAUAGCCCGUACACCUAUGCACCUAGCCGAAACUGUUCUAAAGAAAAUCCAGAAAACCAACGCAGUGUGAUUGUUCUUGUUUUUUAUCUUUUUCUUGUAGCGAGGCUCAGAUUUAGUUUAGUGUAUCUGUGUGUUUAAUUCUAUUUUCUGCGGCAGCUCUUCAUUUCUUGGUAAGAUAAAUGAGAUUAAUUGCUCUGUGGUCUAAAGGCAUUUCUUUUCCCUCCUUGCAUUUUUUUUCUGAGAACAACCCUGAACCUCGACCAGUUCCAGUUUUUUUCUUCCAUUGGCAAAUGAAGACCUCUUUUUUUAUAACAAUCAUGGUAUCCUAAACUUCUGAAAAUAAUUGCAGUGGUCAAUGAAGGCGCGAAAGUACUGGACAUAUGUACGACAUUAAUGGGCUUGCCUGACUCAGCUGCUGAUGGCUCACCUCUUUUUGCGGAACCUACGUUUCUCUUCGGAUGAGCGUUGUGUAACACUUCAACUAACUGCAUGUUAACCUUCUGACUGAGUUGUGUGAAUUAUGCUCUGCGUAGGGAAUUUCCAUUAAUCCAUAAACUCUUACAAGAUAUUUUUGUACGCAUUGUUUUGGCUACCCAGAGUUAAUGUUUCCCUUAAAAACCAGCUUCCCUAUUAUACUAUUUCGUUUUCUUGAAACAAACGUUUGCUACAACCAAAGUUCUUAUGCGAUGAAUGUUCCGUUAACCUUUAUAAUUUGUUUUGCGAAGGUAACAACACUUUUCCUUUAAUGAAAAGGCAUUUCCCUCUCAUCAAAUUCAUAGGCAUUGGAGCUUAACCUGUUCAAAAACUCUGCAUUGUUGUGCGUCGUAAAGAAUUAGUAAAACUAUCCUCCCCUCGUCUCCAAUUCACUUUUAACAAGAAGAAAAUGAAAAGCUUCGAAAAAGUGGAACUUGUAUAUUUGAUGAUGUUGGUACGUACACAAAAUUAAUGUACAGGUAAGCGUAAAAGGCAAAGCAUUAUCUUGCUGGAUUUUUGAAAACGUACCAAAGGAAAAUUGCAGUUUUUUCCCUAAGAAAAAGACCAAAAGCCGAAGGCAAAAUGAGCCCAAAAGUCCUCCUAGAAAAGAACAAGGAAAGGAAAAAUAGAAAGAGCGAGGAGAAAGAAACGAGGAGAAGAAAAAAGAACGAUGGCUGCACUCUUAGUUUUUAUGUUGACUUCUUUGGAGAUAGUUUUCUGAAAGAAAAAAAAAACCUGUUUGAGGGGAGAGUUCUGUUUGGCUGUAACGUUAUUCAAAAAUCUAGCUCUGAUAUAUAUUUUUCUUACCCUUGCGGCUAACAGAAAUCUGAUAAAAAGGAUAUCUUUUAAAAGCUAAUAAUUAAGUAACGGCUUUCAUUUUUCAGAUUUGAAGCCUUAUGACUAAAUUUAUUGUUGUUUUACAGCCAACAGUUCACUCUAUUACUUUGAAAGCCUCGUGUUGUUAUAGGGUUCCUUGAGUGGAACAUGGGCUUCCUGUGCAAAAGCCAACCGUGUUUAAUAUUUAUCCCCUCUGGAAAAAGAAACACUCCGUUUUUAGCAGCGAAAACUAGGUAGCAGUUAUUCUUUCUUCUUUCACUUUUCCAUAAAAGUAACAAACACUUUUUGAGCAUUUUUUGUUUAACCGUAUAAUUUCAACUAACGUGGGUCCCUUGUGGUACAAGCUCAAAAUGUUUAACGCUUAAUUUUUACAUGUUCCGCCGAACGGAUUUUGGCGGAUUUUUAGUAUCUUGCUAGAUAGGCCACCCUUACUUAAAUGGCGUUGAAAACAAUUCUGUUGCAAUUAGUUUGAUGUUGAGCCUCGAAAAUGCCUAGAUUGACUGGACUAAGAAGUCAAUGGACGUGGAUAAACGGACAAUCGACGACGAACAUCGGACAAAGGACUUUAUACAUCAGACUUAAGUCUUUGGACUUCCCGAACUUAACGCCAUGUUGUAGAACAAGAAAACAACUAUUUCAGAGUUAGCGAAACUUUGAUUAAAGUCGCUCUGUUGUAAAACCGAAGUGUUUAGCAACGCCAUGGUUUGAACUACACCUCUCUUUACCUGGAUAAGUUACAUGCAUGCAACUUAACUGCCGGCUUUUUUAACAUUGAUACAUCCUCUUCGGUCUUUGUAGUCCUCCUCCAUAUCAUUUAUGAGUAACAUUCACCUGAACCCGUAGGACUGACAAAAAGCCGGUUGGAAAAAUCUUACUCAUACCGGGGUUUUGCGAAAGCGUUCUUCGGCUAUAAAAACGACCUUAGAGGGCGUGUAGCGGCUGACUUGGAAACAGUUGCUGAUCAAACUUCGUUACGUUCAAGCCAUAUUUUACAUAGGUAUGGAAGAAAUGGGUAGAUACAGACAGCUGGGUGAAGGGACCAAGUGACAGUGCAUAGACUCAACAUAACAAUAACAAUAUUUUAUUCAAGGAAUAAGAUAACAAAGGGAACUACCUCUCGAAAGGGGAGAUCUUGAGGUUAAUCCUAUAUAAACGACUCUCCAAAUUAAAACAGAAAAAAUCCAAAUCUGAAAACUAGAUUCUAAGAAUAGACUGCGUAAAUCCUGGUUCAUACUGUCGACAUCAGGGAGUGUAAGCAAAUACAAGGGCGACGGCAACGGGGACGUCAAAAGAAGCAAUAGAUUUAAUAACCAAAACAUACGUGCAUCACACUUUUCUGUAUAUUUCUUAGCCGUCAAUGCACGACUACAACGUAAACUUUCCAAUUUGACGCUUGAUAGAGCCGUUAACACUCGACGGCAAAUUUUUCCUCCUUUUUUGAGACUUUGAUGUGUUUUUUUGUGUGACUGUGAUGCUUCCUAAAAAUUCAACUCCAGAAAAACUCGCCUAUAUUUCACUAAUUGAGUCAGAAUAGCAACCUUGAAUUAAAAAAAAAAGGAAUGCAGUUUAUAAGAGACGUUUUUGCUGCCGUCAGUAUCCUUAUGGCUUAGUAAACAUAAUGAUCAAAGUAAUUUCGAGUAAAAUAGAAAAAAAAGAAAGAUGGCGGAGGCGAAUCUGCUUUAUGCGUUUGGCUUUACUUUGUUAGUCUUUUAUUGGCGGAGACGACAACGUCAACAAAGGCUUCAAAAUAAGAAACCGUUCGCGAAAAAAUAAUUAUUCUUUAUUUUACGGUCUUUAAAGGGACCGUGACAUGCUUCUGCGCAUGAGCAGCAUUUUGAUUUCUGGUCUGGCGAACCGUUUUUCAAAGUUGGCUUUCGGUGAAGAAGUCCUCUUCCAUUGACCCUGAGAGGCCUGAGAAAGCUAUAACAUCGGCAUUAAAGAGUAGCCCGAAUUUCAGGCGAUUACAUCGAGUCGUUUUCUCCUCUCAGCAAUGUCGUUACUGAGGGAGUAAAAACGACUCGAAGUAAUCGUUUCAAAAUCAGGCUAUAUUGAAGAGCUAUCUGGUCCAUUUUGGAAGUUUUAACCUCCAUAUUUUGUAUUUCCAUGCAAGCGUUGUCGAGAAAUUCGAGGUUAUCGCGGAGAAAUGUCCGAAGCCAUAUUUGUUGUUGUCAGUGUUGCUACUAACGGAUCAAAUGUGGCGUUUAAUUUCGUCAUCUGGCCUUCAUUUCUGUCUAAAACAUUCUCUAGUAAACGAUCUACCUUUACCGGAUAGUUCUUAAACGAUAAAUGUAUAAUGAAAGUUGAAAACUGGUUUCCUUGAUACGGCCGUGGACUUACGAUAAAUGGGAUGCAGCGGCAAUAUACCUGCCAACUUUUUCUGAGAUAUAAGCGUAAGAUUUUUAUCCUGGGAGUGCUGGGAUUUUUGAAGACGACUCGAUCAUUUCCGAAGAUUCCCGAAGAAGUCCGAAGUCUUCCGAAGACGUCCGAAGUCUGCCGAAGUCUGCCAAAGGCGAGCUCGCUCCCAGUACUUUUCACUUCAAAAAUCAGAGAUCGCGAGGAAGGUAUUGCCAUUUAUUCAUUUUACACAUGGUUUUCGUUCCUUACAUGGGUCUGAGUUAACAUAUUUUGGAAAUUGUUUCAAGCAGGACGGCAACAACUCACAUUUUUCAAUCAGACGUGAGAAAUUGGCCCGCAGGCGUGAGCCGGCGUGAGACUCACGCCUAAGGCGUGAGAGUUGGCAGGUAUACGGCAAGUGAAACUGAUUUUAUUUAGCGACCUGACACUCGAUCUUCUGCAACAGUUUAGUCUCUCGUGUCACUGAAUGGAAUCAGAAGGAGAAAACCCAGCAAUCUUUUGUUUUACAGGAAGUCGUGUGAGGCUUAAGGAAAGAAUCCAUCGAACAUGAAAAGUGUUAACAGGGGUUUGAUUUAUGACUCCAAUCCUGUUGUACCCGAACAAAAGUACACUAGUAAUAGUUGACACUACAGCUGCCCCCGUUCUGUAUAUUGUCGGUCAAUAGUAUUCUUGCUGGUUGUGUAGCUCUUUGAAAUAUACCGAUUCAUAAUGAAGAUUUUCACACAUAUUCCAUACAAUAGGUGAGAUAAAUACAGGAAACACAAGGUUCAAUGCACAGUUUCAGCUCGAUUUACACAGCUUUCUUCUCAGUUUCGAGAAAAGUUUAUUCUAAACCAUAAUAAAAGAUUUAAUUAGAAGUUGAAUUUUUCGCUAUUUCUCUUUCCCUUUUCACGUUCAGUUCAUUUUAUUUGCCGAAAGUAAGCCUUAGAAAUUAACUGGGCGCUUGAUCGAUUCACGCCAGCGCAUUCUAGUCUUACUUGAAACUAUAUAACGGAAGGACAUCUGUGAGCAGGGAAUAAGUCAGCACAGAAUUUGCUUGUCGGCGAAUUUCUGUAAAUGUCCAUCAAUCUGCUGGUGAUAAGGUAGCCGUUGUUCACUCGUCUUGCUUGUUUGGGGCUGAGUCUUAAUCCGGUCAAAGAGAAAGAAAGAGUGUCUGGCAAGGUUUCCAAUAUAAAUCAAAGAUUUGUGAACUCGUGUCUGGCAAACUCUCCAAGUGUUUAUAUAUACACAGUUAAACGCACCUUAUAACCUCUCCCGCGCUUAACGAAUGUCUUUUGGUCCAUAACUUUCAAAACAACUGCUCCACAGAAUGUCACUGCGUAACGCAAAAGAGUAUCGAAGUGUGACUGCACAAUAAAUGUCACAAAAUCUACCUGAGCGGUCCCUUCGGGAUUUUCUGUCUUUACGUCAUCCUAACCAUUUCGUACUUGCGGGCGCAAACAAUAGAAACGUCAUCAUUACCUACCGAUUCCUCGCGGCCCCAGUUCGAGCAAAUCGAGAUUUUUUCUAGUAUACUGACUGUAUAUUUGAACUGUAAGUACUUCCUUAAUAGACGCGCGAGUUACUAGGGUGCCUCCUCGGGAUUUCGCCUCUGGGCGAAUCCCUGCGGGGCCAACAACACCCCGUGCGAUCUUCAUCGAUGUGGUACGCUUGAAAUGUUCCUUGUAUCUUUGCGGUACGAGCGUAUAUGUUUAAGAAUUGAUCUUUAAAGAUAAAUUGCUACCUGAAUAUUCUGUUUAUAGUCUGAUUUCUUUAUGUAGGUGCUGACCACGUGGGCGGAAAACACUCUGCUCUUCUCGAUAACGUUAACUUGUUUUUGUGGAACACCCGACGCAACGUGAAGGAAUUUGUUCAUUUGAUGAUGAGCAAUUGAAGUUAUGCUCAAUUUUGCGGUUUUCUUUACUUUUAUACGUUAUGUAGCUACUGUUUUAAAAAAAUCAUUUUAUGCUGAAGCGCUGUUAAAGACACAUUUUCAAACACUGCUACGUUUUUCAGCUGGUAGUGUUCAUGCAAAGUGCUUAUCACGCUAACCGACUGCAUGACUUAUUCAUAAUGCUCAUUCAGCUGGCAUUUUUAGCAAAAAAAAUUGCCUUAUCCGAUGCUGUGUGUUUUGGUUACUGGUCUGGCGCUAUUUGCAGGCAUUUCUAAGUUUAUACAGGGUGAACUGGGGUUGCUGUUCUAGCCCAGCAUCAUAAUCCACGGGUUUCUUGUGGUGACAGAGAGACAAUCUUUCUGUCGUCAUGGUGGUCCGCAGGUAGCCUUUAACCAGCUUUUAAGGUACUGUUUGCUUGUUUACUGGAAAUUUUGGGGAAAAUGUCGAUAACAAAAAGAAAUAGUUCAGUUUAAUUUGAAAGGCGAACAUUAAAAACAAAAAAACAUUAAGUUCUGUACCUUUUGCCUUAUCCGAUGCUGUGUGUUUUUUUUUGCGGAUUCCGACUUGUCGAGAGAAAAUUAUCGGUUACUGGUCUGGCGCUAUUUGCAGGCAUUUCUAAGUUUAUACAGGGUGAACUGAGCCCGGGACAGAGAGAUCAGUAAGGCUUGUUUACAAAUUUCGUUUGCUGAUCGGAGACAAAGGUUUGCCAGUGUGGGUACACACGUAGGUAAAUGUUUGUUUCAAAGCAGAACAGGGUUGUAAAUUUUAUUCUCAUAGGCUGCAACAUAUAUCUGAGGAAUAGCAGAGAAUAAAUAUAAACCAUGGGGAUAUACAAAAUCGAAUUAAUCGCCAACGAUGAAUUUAAAUUAUGCAAAUUUCCUUGCGUGCCUCUACUUCGCUUCCGACUGGUUUAGAAACAAUCAGCUACUGUCACAACUCACACAUGCGCAGUAUCGUUGUACAGUGCCUUUAAACUCUUGCAAGGGUUUGUCGUAUAUGACAGGGUAUUUCCGAACUCUCUCUGAUAGCAGUUCUUCAUUAUCUGCAUGUACUUCAACAGUCUACAAUCGACAAGUUCGAUAGUUUUUGAGGCGCUCUGAUACGUUCCUUGUUAUGUCGUUAUAUCGAAUAUUGUUCACACUUGUUGGUACCAUAAUCAACCUCAAUAUUAAUUGAACAGAAACGUAUAUAAAUAUAAGUAAUAAGUUCAGUGAGAAAACAGAUGGACUUGAAUUGAAUUGAGUCCUGAUGUUAUGGCUGAUGUUAAGGUAAGGGAGCUGCCCAAAAGCAUUGACCAAUAGUUUGCAUAAUUUCUGGAAACCUUUGAAAUAAGGGAUAGGAUAUGUUGAUUGUAUUUCGAACGUAAGAUAGACUGAAAAUAAUAUCCGUACUUGCCAAACAACACGCUUUCGUGAUCUUUAUGAGCCUUAAACACAUUAAGUUCUAGUAGUAAAUUUUGACCACGCUAAGCCUUAAAUUUGACCGCAAGAAAUGGAACCUUGCGACAACUUUUAUCCGGUAAAAAGAAAAAGUAUGCAUCUGAUGAUCUUUCAUUACUGUUUAACUUACAGGACUGUUAUUGUGGGAAAGCCUGUAACGUUUGCUCUGCAGAUGUGACUUUUAAGUGUCAGGUUAGUCUUGCCCACUAUUUUUCUUUUAAGGAAUACUGUACCAGUGAUUAAAAAAGUCGAGUGAUUAGUGUAUUCAACAUGCUGUCUAAUUUGGAAAUAACUGGAUGGAGAAAAUUCCAGUCAAAACUGAGCCAAGACGUCGGCCACUUCUGUCAAAGGGCUUUACACUGAUUGCCUGUUUUUAUUAUUACCUAGUAUUGUAUUUUAUCGGAUUUGAUUGGCUCAGACAAACUGUCUAAACUGUCCAACAGUUAAAUUGGACAGUUUGCGAAUUUUUGAAACCUAUGUAAGUGAAACAAAAAUAAUCCUUAAUUGGACAGUUUUAUUUCUAAAAACUAAAAUAGAAUAGCUAAGCUUAUGAUAUUGGAUCAACUGACUUGCUAAUAAUUACUAUUUCAGUGCCCUUGUAAAUGUCAAAUGUCAUACGACGAAUGUGAAGAUUCCGUAACAAAGCUGUGGACCUCGAUACCCUGUCCUUGUGAGUACGCAAUAAAAAAUUAAAAAAAUUUUUUGCCCUCCAUCAUUUCUUUUUGAAUCAACAGACGGAUUUUAUGAACAAAUUUUGUAACUUUACUAGUGCCAGCAUCCCCGCUGUUUGGAACAGAGGCCGAAGAGGCAGUUUUCAAGAAUGCACUCGCCGCCGUACCAAGAUGUGCUCGCGAAUGUCUGCCAAUGUACGUAUAUCAAUGUAAAUGUGAGGAAUUUUUCCGUGCAUCACUAGAGCGUCUAUUACGGUUUGUAAGCAAGACAUCCCAAUAGGCGUAAGAUUAUUCAGGAAAAAUUUAACGGCCCUCUUUCAAUUAAGUGAAAUUAAUUCUAACUGUAUUUUUAAAAAUUAAUCAAAGCUAGUUAAUUCGAUUUAAUUAAUUUUUCUUCUCGUACGGUGGCCAAUCAUAAAAUAUUUCUUCAAAAUCAUAAUUAAGAGACAGUAUAUUCUUUGAUUAUGUGCCUAUAUUGUAUAAUUAUACAUUGCAUAUUUUCUUAUUUUGUAAGUGAAAUGUUUUUGUUCUUGAAUUUCUUUUUCGAGACUUCUAGCCUCCACAUUCCUGCGAAGGGGCCAAAAAUUGAAUGCCAGGUUUUAUCGUAUAAAACAACAUUCAGUUUUUUCUUUUCUUCCUUUAGCUUGGACAUGGAUGAAUGCGAAAACACUUUAGGUUGUCACUGGUGCAAUUUAAAUGCAAAGAAAUCAUGCAACUCAGAAUGUAGAACAGGCGAAAGGUAAACCAUAGUUAAACAUGAUAUGUAUAUACGUUUACCCAGUAAUAAUGCAUUAUUUGAUGCUUGGCUGUUUUACCUUAUACGUCUCCACAGUCAAUAUAGAUCCGUUGCCUAUUUUAUUCCGCCUCAAAAUUGUUUGGGACCAAUUUUCAUUUACAAUUGACUAAAAGCGAAAGUAAUUGAACAGUGUUUAUAAGUAUCACAGAAGACUGAGGAUACUUCUUCAAAGAAUUAGCUGUAACCCUCCACACGGGGCGAAUCUAAUUAAUAAAAAAUUAUGUUAAUGUAUGUCUCCUAGUACCUGUAGUUUCAUGAACACGCUAGAGCUAAUUGUUUGCUCAGUUUAUCAAGCAUUCAAAAAGUGCGUUGGAUUCGACACAUUUUUGAUUAAUGCCAAAGUCAAUUCAUUUGAGGCGACAUAAGGUAUUUUAUUUAAUGAAUGAAAAGUUCGACGUUUGAAACGGGCCAGACCUCCUAAAUUUUAGUAUUCGUUCUUGGUUCAUAACCAUUGUGACUGUUAGAGUUAAGACAACCGAAAUAGAGAGAGGUUCAUGAAAUACUGGUAAGUUGCUAUAAACACGCAGACUUUUCUUUUCUUUUAUUUUCAGUUUGUCGAUUGCUGUCCUGUUUCCUUGCAACAAUUUUCAAAAUUUGUCAGCUGUUCAAAAUGUCGCUGUAAAGUUCCUUUUGAAACGAAAUUUACUGAAUCUCGUUUCUAGUAUGACCUCGCUAAGCUUGGAAGUUUUAGAACUACAAAAGGUAAUGUAGCCGCAAGGGACCGCGGAAGUGAUAUUAUUCUAGCAGUAGCCCUGACCAUCAACAACAGCACAAUUAGGUAUAUUUAUUGCCACAUUAGUCGCAAUCGUAGAAUACAAAAAUUAAACGAGACUUACCUGUAAGUUGAAGUUUGAUUGAAAUUCUGUCACGUGACGUGAGGAGGGGAAGAUCACAUGAGAUAGUACAGCGCACGCGCCAAGUCAUUCUUCAAAAUGUGUGGGUGUGAAGGGGACAUAGAGUACCAAAUAAAGCCCAAAUUCACGCAAAGGUAUUUGGCGCUCAGAAGUAAUGUUCCAUGGGAGGGAACAAAAGGGUUCGGGCAUGUGAUCUCCUCCCUCCUCACGUCACGUGAUAGAAUCUCAAUCUUACGUCAAAUUUCGUCUCGUGCAAUUUUCCUGUCCUAUCACGUGACUACAGGAGACAGGUGAUCCCAUGAGACUUUAAAGCCUUGAACACCCACAACAGGCAACAGUGUAUUCAUAAAAGUUUCACUUUAUCACAGUAAUAUAUAUAAAUCCUGAAAUAACAAAGAGUUGUUCAAAGAUAGCAAUACGAUAUCCUGGCCUGUGAUACCGCACAAAUAUUUGCAUAAAAAGAAACCUAUUCUCGUAUAAACAUAAACCUUACUUACUAACCUUCCUAGACUUCCUUAUUUAGAUACAAUUCUUUCAACAGCUGUUUCAACAGUUGGCUGGCGCUCAGCUGAAACCUUUCAAAAGUUUUAUGAUAAACCAGUCUGGGACAACACCACAAUGGUCUCGCGGUUAUACUGUCCACCUAUUUUCUGUGCAGAACAAAACUUCUGAAAGGUUUCAGCUGAGCGCCAGCCAACUGUUGAAAGAAUUGUAUCUAAACGUACAUCUUUCUCUUUGGCCUUGAAGGCUGAAGCCACUCUAGUGCUAUGUGCAGAAAAUUUUGUUGAAUCAUUUCCAGAUCUUUGAAGUACAGAUCUGGUUUCCAGGAGCAGUAUGUGUCAAAUUUAUUAUUGAUCCUUGUUGCAAACAGUUCUAUGUUAAGCCCAGGAUAUUCUGAUAAAAUGUCUUUUAAAGCCCAAUCAUAUUUGUCAGAAAAGUUGCGUGAUUGCUAAUCUACACCUACAUUUGACUUCGCAGGAGUGUGAACUGCUGUAAGCCAGUUGUCACGUUUGAUAGCCCAUUCCAAAAUUUCUGGGGCUCAACUAUCCACUUCGAUGGAUUUGUCGCCCCUCAUGUUAUCAACAUAGGCCACAGUGGUAGUUUUUGACAUGGGCCCCAAAUGACUGGAGGGCAAAUAAUGCUGCGCUUGUAACUCUAGCAGGUUUGUGUCGAGAUGAUUCACAGGGGGUCCACCUUCCUCCAAUUUCUGACCCUUCAAACCCUGUCACCCACCCCUUUUUGGAUGCAUCUGAUUGGAUAAUCAUAUGGGGUGUAGAUUGCAGUUUGCUUGUUUUGACAUAAGGUAUAUUUGCAAUCCACCAGUUAUUCGUUAAAAGAUGGAGGAUGAUAACAUCCUAGGUACUUGGACUAUCACUGGCACUAAGGGCCUUGGUUUGUCAUGCUUCAGUGUAGUAGGCCAAUUUGAGCUCCGUGAAGAUUUGAUAUUAUAAUGCCAAUUAGCCUGGCCACCUCUAAAAUUUAAGUUCUUCCUUUAGAAAGGAACUGCCGACAGGCCUGAACUGUCUUUUCUACCAUUUCAGGAGUGGGGUAUACUGUCAUUUCUACCGACCUCAAAACGAAUCCCGGAAAAGUCAAAAUCUGGGUAGUAAUGGACACAGAUUUUAAGGGAUGGAGAUAAAACCACAAUUUAGUAAAUAAAAAUGCGGUGUUCAUGACAUUGCGUCUGCAUUCUUCACUCGUGUCUCCUUGCAAAUUGGAGUCAUCAAUAUAACCUAGGCUCAGAUGGCCCUGAUUAUGUGGACUUGAAUAAACAGGCUUUAGUAACUACGUAAAAAUGCGAGGCGCACUGGAAAGACCAUUAGGUAAGCAAGUCUAUUGGUAGAGGGUGCCAUUAGACACCAUAGACAUUUCAAGUAUUUCUGGUGCUCAGGGUGUAUUGGUACUGUGUAAGAGGCACCCUUUAGGUCCACAGAUGCCAUGUAGCACCCAGGUUUCAUCAUCCUUAUUACGAUCUCUGACGUGUCCAUUUUGAAAUGAUGGUGCGCUACAAACUCAUUUCAUUGUUUUAAAUUAGGGAUCAUUCGAAAAGAUCAAUCACUCUAAACCUUAAAAAAAAUAAAUUCACCUGGUCCAGUACCAGAUUCCUUGAUAGUUCAAGGAUAUGAUGUUGCUGGGCACUGAAUACACUUGGCUGGGAAGUUCCCUGGCUAGGGGAAAUCCCUCCCAUAAAUGAAAAUUGACCCCACGCACGUAUUGUGGUAUAUUUCGGUCAGACAUAAUAUCACACCACGAGGGUAGAAACUCUUUCAGUUUUUCCUCUUGAAAGGUAGUAAGAGUGUACAUAAAUUUACCAAAAUCAUAUUAACAUACCUCUGAAGUUACUGUUUGGCUGCCCUAUCCUUUUUGAGCCGAAAAAUCACUAAAAAUUGUUACAAAAAAAUCGACAGAAAAUCACGUCCAGUGCAUAUUUUAUGGGCUAAAACGGCUGUUUUGAUUCCCAAAGUACCUUCGACCACUAACAUUAUUAUAGUGGUUGCUGUGGCAAGAACUCGUCUAACACUUUCUUGGUAGGCCUUUUGGCGUCAGUGAUGUCUUUUGUCAGUUUGGACUGGUCGCCGAAAAGAACUUCCGAGGACGGAAGACACGUGUGUUCUUGCGGCGCAAAAAUGCACAAAUGUACGUUGCUUUAACUGCGUUAAAGCUCCACUGGGAAUCCUUAACGUUUAUAUUUAGGUGAAGUACGUUGACUUGUCAAGUGAAUGCGAAGCUUCCUAUGUAAGUCUCUUGUGAUUCCCUGGCUAUUUCGCAAAGUUUCUGUGUGACACUUACGAAGACAACCUAGCUUUCCAGCGCAAACUGUGUAAUGACCUGGCGUGUUCGCUGUGCUAUCUCAUGGUUUCUCCUUUCCCCUGUAGUCACGUGAUAGAAUCUGAAUUUAGAGCUUGUGUUUGUGUCGCAUAAAAAUAACAACAAAUAUGGCAAUCUUCCAUUUAUACAUUUACUCUGACUCCCUCCCCCAAUUUCUCAUUCAUAAGCUCGAUAACCUAUUUGCGUAUAUUUGAGCCAGUAAAAGUUGUGAUUACUGCACGUACUAUACGUUGCUGCUGGUCAUCCUUACUUUCUUGCUUCCUAAGUUUGCCUUGUAAGGAAUAAAACGUCAUUCUGUUAUACAAUAGGAUGGAAUACUACUCAAGUUGUUUGCAACCAGCGUAAGUAGUGAUCUCAAAGGAAUGCAACAAAAUAUUCAAUGGUUGGCAAGGCAAGGUAAAAUAAGGCUUGGAUCUGAUUCGGAUCUACCUCAAGUUUACAUUGCUAAGAGUCCAAAGGACUUCACGGAGUGAGUAGUAGUGCACUCUUGUUGAUCUACAUUACAAACUAUUCAGGGGCCAUUUGAAACAAUAGCUUUGAUGGUUGCUGCAUAGGUUCAAGUAAAAGCUAGACUUAAUUAAUAAAUUGAAAUCAGAAUCAGCUUCAGCCUGAAAAUUUUUCACACUUAACUUUAGACCUUUUUACAAGUGUCGCUUAUAUUUUUCAUUCGCGUGCAUGAUCAAUCAUGAUCAAUAUGACGCCUACUUGAACAGAAAUAUAAGUUAUAAACUGAAGGCAGUCAUGUUUACUAUCGUGGCUUUAUUGCUUGUGUUUAGUACAUCUAACCUCCCUAAUAAACCCCGUUUUUUUCAACCUUUGACGAGAACGAGUUAGCUAGACGUUUGUUUGGUGGCCCCACCAUACAGACGUCUGUAAAAUUUCUCCUCUUUGCGUGGAGCAUUGUCUUCUAUCUAUUCAGACUCCACUCGAGCAACAGUCUCGAUGGAUAUUCCCUAUCUGGUUCUUAUCAAACUACAAAAAUCCUCGGAAGGGUCUAUUGCAAACAGUUACAACAACAAACAUAAUUUCAAUACUUUUCCGUUAUCCUUAGUUCUUCGGCAAUUGUCUUCCUCUACAAGAACACAAAUCCGCCCUAGUAUAACUAUUAUAUAGCAUCCAGAAUUACUGAACAGAGUAAUUAAAAACGAAAUCUACCGUAACUGGCUAGUGCCUAUAUGGCUGUAGAAAUGUUAUAAGUAAUUUAUAUAUUCAUUAUGACCCGGUGUAAGGUCGAGAUGGUAAUUUAUGUUACUCAACAUAACUUGUUACAAUGAGUGCCUGUUCGUUUCCGCCCCCUAAAACUGGCUUUUAUCUCUUUAAUUGCGUCCUUUCGAGUCUUAAUCAAGUCAGUGUACUUUAUUACGUGACUUCCGUUUAAUUUCUAUCUUGUUAGUUUGAUCAUUUGCUUAACACUGGACAGUGGUCUUCCAGAGGAAUCCCUUGCUAUGAGUUACAACAUUGAGUCUGAACUGCAGUAUACUCUGAACGUGUUGCUGGGAAAAUCACUGGUAACACGAAUCCGUCGAUUACAUUUUAACAAGGUAAGAUAAAUCAGACAUUUUUUUCUUUUUUGUUUAUUUCUUAAAAUAUUUGAAAAGAAACCAAUUUGUAACUCUUUUUUAAUUAGGUAACAGAAACGAGUUCAGUAAAUAUAUUGAUAAAAAAUCGUCUGUUUUGGCAUUUCCCGCUUGCUACAGUUUUGUAUUUUGUAACGUCAUUUGGUUGCCGCCUUUGUUACAAACGUGAAGGGUGAUUCUUCACAAUAGUGGCAUCCAGUGAUGUCAUGCUAAUUUGAAAUAUUUGCGUUCAGGAAAAAAUAGAAGAAGAAAGUAAAAGUAACCUUACUGUUCGCCUGAGAUGAGUAACAGAGGCUAAUAAACGGUCUUUCUCCGGUUUUAGACAUCAGUUACGUUCUCUUUGAGUAACGAGGGUUACACACACUUGUAUCCAAUGGAGGCAUUUAAAGAAAGACUCAAAAGAGCUGUUAGAUUGGGCGAGCUAUCGCUCCACAUUCCCCUUGCCGAGGGGAAAACUACAAAAAAGAACCUGACCGUCAUUAACAUCUCCGCACGUGGAACGUUCGAUUUUCUAUGUUAUCCAUGCAUACUAGCUACAACAAAAGAGGCAUUUCAAACUUCCUUGCAGACAACAACGCAUGGUGGUAGUGAUGGUACAAUGGGGGCAAUAACAGGUGAGGUGUAGUCGAGUCUGCCUAAUAUGUGUGAUGUCAGUGUAUCCUAUAAAACCAAAAUAGGAUAACAGUUGGCACUACGGACCCGAGAAGAAACAAACAGGAUAAUCUCUUUUGUACAAACAGCUGAGACCUUUCAUAGAGCGUUUUUACACGACGUCACGACGGCCAUAUUGGUGUUACAAACAAAUCCUGUAAAAAUUGAACUUGUUUUUUAUGUAAAGGUCUUCUCUUUUUUGUUCCAAUAAAUUUGAAUAGAUGCUGGCCACGUGACUGCAAACUGCCCGUUCUUGUAAUUUAGCAACACCUUACACCAGAAAAAAAUGGGUAGUUUGACCAGUUGAGGUAUCGCGUAAAACGUUUACCCAUAUAUGUAUACGUUACUUUUUCGUUUCGUUCUUGUAAUGUUUAAUCUUCGUUGACAAUGAUUAAUGGAGUGGCAGAAACAACCAACUUAAUUUGUCGUCUAUUUAUCCUUUAGCGAAAAGUACUUUCAACAACCCGUCAGAGAAGGACAGGGAAUUAAAGCCAGGCCUUACCCCAGUAGAGAUAGGAGUGAUUGUCAUAAUCUCUAUACUUGCUUCUUCCUUGCCUUGUAUUCUGUGUCUGCUGCUUACAAGAAAAAGACAAAAGAAAGAACGCGUUACUCCUCAGCAAGACCUUGACGAAGAUUUGUCAUCUGAAAUAUCUCGGCUAUCAGAAAUUGACGCUGAUUGCAACAUUAUUGUCAAUCGCGCGUACUUACUGCAAGAAGAGUCCAGAGCAUAUUGUCCACCGAAGAAGGCCUGGGUCAGAGCGAAGGAACUUGCAAUAUCUAAUCAUGUCCCAGAAGGAGCAUGGUUUUAA